AUGGAUGCAAACAGUAGCCGGGAAGUUUGUCAAAGAUCUUUGCUAAGGGAGGCGGUGCGGGGAACACGCUCCAUCUGUGAACGGAGCGCAGCGAAGGCGCAGGCUUAACCUGCCGUUGGGGAGAGAGCUUCCAUCAGCUCUCUCCAACUCCUCUCUCUGCAAACUUGGGCGUCUUGCAGCCUGGCUCGCUUCGGGAAGGGAGUCCACCCUCUUCCCUCCUCACCUAAGCUGCGGUCUUCAAGAGGGGCAUCGCGUUCUUGCGGCUGUGCAGGUAAGGCGCGCCCGGAUUCGGAUUCAGAUUCGGAUUCCGAUGGCACGCAGCGGCGGCGGGAGAGAGAGAGAGAGAGGUGAUUCCUCGCUUGGUUAGGUGGGCAGAUUCUUGCAAAGGAAAGUUUCUGGCGCACCGAGAUUUGCGGGUGCAAAUGGAUCAAUGCAAGGAUUUUCCGUGCGCCGAAGUGGAUGCAGUUUGCAAAUCUUGCAAGCGGAAUGUAGGGGAUUUCCCCCUCGCCCUUGGGGUGGUUUGUGGGUCGUGUCUCCCACUCAGUCCGAUUAGACUCACUGGAAAACUUGAGCGACUUCAGGGGAUUGUUUUCAGCGCCUAGGACUUGGUGGGGUACCACCCUCAGCUGGGAAGGUUUUCUAGUCCAGGGGGGAUAAGAAUGUUAGGGUUGGUGUGGGGAGACAAGCAAUCGUUGCUUGCUUUUACAUAUAUUAAAUUUAUAUCCUGCCUUUCCUCCCUAAGGAGCCCAGGAGGUAACAUGAGAUUAUAGAAAGAGGGAGAAGCAACUGGGAAGGAGGGAGGUAGUGUUCUGAACUCCUUGUCUGGCUGUGCAAACCUAAGGAAUAUCAACUCAGAAGGAAGCUCCACUGCCUGUUCAAUUAAAGACUUCCUCUCCUAUGUUGGCUGCCCUGUUGGAGCGGAAACCUUUAACUGAACAGGCAGUGGGAACUCUGUGGUCCUUAAACACCAUUUUUGGGAGUUAACUCUCCUUGAAUUCCACAGGGCUUCAGUUUCUGAAACGCAAAUAUGUUUAGGGUCCAGUCUGCUUGGGGUAGGAGACAGAGGCGGUUUUAGGGUAGCGCGACCGGUUUGGCCACACUGCAGGGGGCGCCACAACAAUGCUGUAGAACGGAGAGCGAGAGAGGCUUUGAAUUUGAGAGCCCCAAGUCCACCACUUCAAUCAAUCAGAAUAGUGAGAGGUGACUAGGCAAUGCCAUACCAAAAUUAAUAAUAUCCAAAAGGGAAGGGCAACCUGGAACUUUAUUCUCCGGGGCGAGGGGAGGUUUCUGGACUUAACGAAGGAUACCUUUCUUAAAAUAAGGGGGCUGGCUGGUUGUUGAGAGCCAGAGUGGUGCAGGGGUCAGGGUGUUGGACUGGAUAUUGGGGAGACACCUGUUCAAAGCCCCACUCAGCCAGGAAACUCGCAGGGUAACCUUGGACCAGUCACGCGCUCCCAGCCCAUCCUACCUCUCAAGGCUGUUGUGAGGAUAAAAUGGAGGGAAGGGAAGAACGGCGUAUGCCACCUUCAGCUCCUUGGAGGGAAAGUGGCAUAUGGAUGUGGUAAUAAAAUAAAGAAAAUCAGUAAAGCCAGGGAGUUGGUUAGAGCAUGGUGCUGUUAUACGCUGAGGUUGCAGGUUCGAUCCCUGUAUAGGAUGACUGCAUAUUCCUGCAUUGCAGGGGUUGAUUCUAAGAUUUAAUGCAUUUCUUUCUGUGCCCAUACAUUCCACACACAGAGACACCAGUUCUUGAUGAAGUAGGUAAAAUACUAAGCUGCAAGGACUUGGUGGUUUUGCAGCCACAUUACCCUGAGGCAGACCAUUCCAGCUGGCAGCAGUUGAGGGUAGCGGGGCGUUCCCACAGCCUUCGUACCUGCUUUAAAAUUUUAGAGAUGGGGGAGGAAAGCGGGGGAGGAAAUAUGGGGGACCUAGAUAGGUAGGGUGUUGUGUUAUGUGAGAGAAAGGGGGGAAGGUGUAAGAGAAAGGGUGUGUGGAGAACGGAUCCUGUAUCAAUGGGGUUCGUCCUCACAUGUGUUUGAAUGGAGGCACGGGAUGUUUGAGUGAGAAUGAAUGGAUGGUGUAUGAAUGGGGUGAAUGGGUGGGGGUGAGAAAGAGAGUGGGGUGUGUCCUGCAAAAAUAGCUGCUAGUUGCUACAUCAGAGAUGGUGAACCUGUAGCCCUCCAGAUCUCGUUGGACUACAACUCCCAUGAUCCCUCACCACAGGCUUUGCUGGCUGGGGCUGAUGGGAGCUGGGAUCCAGCAACAUCUGGAGGGCCACAGAUUCCACACACACCCCACCGCAUCCCUGUCUGAGAUGGGCCAACAAAACGGAUGCCACUUUGCCUGACAUUCUCACAAACUUUUGGACCAAUCUGAUAUUCAUCCUCAAGCAUAGGACGUUAAGCACUGGCAUUAUUCCGCAUGCUGAAUUUAGGCCGCUGUAAGCCUGGGGGUGGCGCUGUGGGUUAAACCACAGAGCCUAGGACUUGCCAAUCAGAAGGUCGGCGGUUUGUAUCCCCGUGACGGGGUGAGCUCCCGUUGCUCGGUCCCUGCUCCUGCCAACUUAGCAGUUUGAAAGCACGUCCAAGUGCAAGUAGAUAAAUAGGUACCCCUCCGGCGGGAAGGUAAACAUCAUUUCCGUGCACUGCUCUGGUUCGCCAGAAGUGGCUUAGUCAUGCUGGCCACAUGGCCCGGAAGCUGUACGCUGGCUCCCUCGGCCAAUAAAGUGAGAUGAGUGCUGCAACUCCAGAGUCGGCCACGACUGGACCUAAUGGUCAGGGGUCCCUUUACCUUUUUAAGCCUGCCGAUCCUAGCUGAUUGCACUUUGCAUCCAGGUCACCGACUGACCUAGAAAUUAACCACUUGCCAUUUUGCUUGUGGCAAGUAAGAAAUUUUUCCAGGUGACCAAGCAGGAAUAUUUCUGUAAAAUGGAAGAGAAAAUGUCCCUCUCUGCAUUCCUUUUUAAGGCUGCUGAUAUGCUGCAAAUGGUGUAUGUGUGUAGCGAACAGGCAGGUAAAAUGUUUCUAACUUUGGUGGAUUUAUUGGCAAGACUGCCCUAAAUAUAUUCCACUACUAAAGGGGGGGGGGAUAAAUGCUGGUUGCUUCCUGCAAGACCAUAAGCCCUGAACCUGUGGAGCCUUUUCUGUAGAUGGCACUGAAGGGGCCUGAAUGAGAUAUAUUGUGCUGGAACCAGAAGAUGUAUUGCCUAAGAGAAGACACUUGAUAACGAGUCUGAAUACUCUAGUUGUAGAAUACUCUAGAACUGGAAUGGGGCUGAAAUAAGAAACAUGUCCACUGGAUUUUGUACACCUUGAUCUGAUCCAGUAAAAGAAUUCUCAACCUCUUGUGUUUUGUGGAAACAGGAAGCGUAGCAGAAGGCACCUCUGGCAACCUUCACAGAAUUAUACUUACAAUAUAUAUAGCAGAAUUUGAAGGGGUGCAUCCAAAGCAUCCAAAGAAUCGUUCUGGCAGUGCAAGGGUGUUCUGACCCACCGUUCUGGGGUUCCCCCAACCUUCUGGAGCAGAUUUGGAGAGGGCCUGGACCACACACAGGAGGAGGAGGAGGAGGAGGGCUGGAAAAAGGUCUGUUGCACAAGUGCAAAUCCUUGUGCAGACAGGAUGAGUGCACUGGAUACUGCCCAAAGCUUUUCAUAUACCUCAUUGUGAUAGUCCUUACAACACCCCUGUAAUGUAGGCCAGUAUUAUUGUUGUUGUUUCUUCCUUUGAACACUUAAAGAGCCAGUGUGGUUAAGAGUGGUAGUCUCGUAACCUGGUGAACCGGGUUCGCUUCCCCGCUCCUCCACAUGCAGCUGCUGGGUGACCUUGGGCCAGUCACACUUCUCUGAAGUCUCUCAGCCUCACUCACCUCACAGAGUGUUUGUUGUGGGGGAGGCAGGGAAAGGAGAAUGUUAGCUGCUUUGAGACUCUUUAGGUUAGUGAUAUAGCAGGAUAUCAAAUCCAAACUCUUCUUCUUCUUCUUAAAGUAUAUAGAAAAUAAAAUAUUGGGGAGCAACUCCCCUACAUAUUCUCACAAGAAAGGGGAAAGCGUUCUUUCCCAAGAUAAUUGCUCCCUUUGCUUCUGUCCAAGGUCGAAGAUGGAAGAAAGCAAAAAUUACCACAUGCUAGUGUGGCAGUUCAGGGUUUUAGAGAUGCAUUUCAGGACAAUGUGGGUGUGAACCAGCUGCAGAUGCUGGAGUACAGAGAUGUAUUAUGCAUUAUGUUUUCAAUGUGUGAUCAUAGAAUUGUAGAGUUGGAAGGGACCACGAGGGUCAUCUUUUCCACCCCCUGUGAUGCAGGAAUAUUUUGUCCAAUGCGGGGCUCAGACCCAUAAUCCUGAGAUUAAGAGUCUCAUGCUCUACUGACUGAGCUAUCCCAGCCUACAAGUUGUGUCUAUUGCAGGUGAGAUUUGAACAGGGGACUUCUUGUUCCUCGCAGGUCACUCUUCUCCACAAUACAAAACCAGUGCUUUAUUUCUUAUUUCUUUUUUUUAAAUAAAAUUUUAUUCACUUCCUUCUGUCAUUACAUACAUCUCAUAUCAAUAACAUACAUAUUACAACUCUUCACCCCUUCCCUCCUGGGCUUCCCUCAGCUUCCAUUUCUGAUUUGUUACCCGGAAGCUGUACACCGGCUCCCUCUGCCAAUAAAGCGAGAUGAGUGCCGCAACCCCAGAGUCGGUCACGACUGGACAUAAUGGUCAGGGGUCCCUUGACCUUACUACAUACUGCUGCUUCUUAAAAUCCACUAUAUCAUUUCUUCAUUAUUUUAAAUGUUCUCUGUUAAUAAAGAUGUGAGUGUUUAUUUAAAUCCUGCCGUCAAGUCGAUGUUCUUUCUUUGUUUCUGCAAAUAUAUUAUAAAAGGUCCCCACUCUUUUUCAAAGUCACUGUUGUCCUUUUCUCGUAGUCCAUCCAUCAGUUUUGCCAGUUCUGUGUAAUUCAUCAAUUUCUCUUGCCGUUGUUCUUUUGUUGGAAUUUCUCCAGUCUUCCAGUUUUGUGCUAUCAGACCAGAGCUUUAUUUCUAAGCACAAAACUCUCCCACCUUCUUAUGCUUUCUAUUUGAGUUACUUUUCAUUUAUUAAACUUACAAGUUGAUUGUCACAUCUUCAAGCAACUUACAUACAGUUGAUAGACUGAUAGAUACACACACACAUACAUAAUACCGUAUGCUUUUCACAUGUGCACCAUCAUCAUUUAGUGCAAACAGCACCAGGAGUUGAUAUGGCAUAUGUGUUGGGCAUUGAUGCUCAAAGGUUUUGUGUCAAGACUCCCACCAUUGCAGGCUCAAGACUUUUUAAAUGGGACGUCCUCUGCACAUGAGGUCAAGAGAUAAGGGUGGAAUUCAUGUUUGUGUGGAUAACCUUGUUCAAUGGUCACAGCUGAAGCGAGUCAUGAGGUUCGGUUGAAUGCAAAGUGGGUUCAGUGGUUCAUAUCAUUACGUUGGUAAAGAAGGGCAGGUGCUGUCCUGUGUAUUUCAGGAAGUUGGAGAGUUCAGGUGAUGCCUAGGUUCUGUGGUACGGAGGCUGGAUUUCUUGUGUCGCUUUUUAGAGCACUUUCACACAUUACGCAGAGGCUGACCUGGGUUUGCCACCUCGUGUACACUCAAAAUACCUCAGGGGUGUUAUCAUAUGGCAUCCUUAGGCAACUGCUGAGGCUGCAAAGCCCGUUUUGAAAGCGACUGGGAGUCACCAUGUUCAUCUCCCACAAUGCCCCAGAAAGAUGCAACAUCAGGGGUGAAAUAUACUCUGAGUCAAGAGUAGAUUUCAUGCUCUUUAUUCAGCUCAUAGUGGUGAGGAGGAAUGGAAGUUCGUCCAGAAUGUCUGCUUUAUAUACAUUAUUUACACAAUGGGCCCCACGUGAUUGGCUAAUUCUGGGAUUCACCUGUAGGCCAAUCAGGUUGCGGAUUCACUUCCACCUGGAUCUGGAUUGGGUGGCUCCUGCGGACCAAUCCGACUGCUGCAUUCUGAAUCCUAUUGUUCUAGGACCAAUUCGACUGCUGCCUUUUGGAUCCUAUUCAACUCAGGACAUAACAAGGGGCAUUAUGGGAAAUUAGCAUGGCAGCUCCCAGCUGCUCAGCACAGCACUGCUGCCACUGCCUCAAGUCCCAAAGUUGGUGCCCCCCCCCAAAUGAGAUAUUUUGCCUAGCUUCCCCAUAAACCUGGAGCGAGCUUAGUUGCUAUAAAUGUAAUAUCUGGCCCAUAAUGAGGGUCUGUUCCUGAUCCUUGCAGGUGGUUACAUAGCAAAAGGCCAAUUCUGCCAUCGGCCUCUUUCUCGCCAAAACCAGGCAGCUUCUCAUUCCUUUUCUGAUGGGAAAAUCCUAUGUGGUCGCUGAUGGCUGUUUAGAGAAGAUUAUAGGGUAGCUUCCUACACUUCCUAUAUAUUGCAUCUGUGGUUGGCCACUCUGGAAAGAGGAUGCAAGAGGCCCCGGUACCUCUACUCCUCUCUCUCCCUCUGUUCCCACCACCAUUGGGCUCAGGAGCAACUUAGGUUGGGAAAUGUGGACCAGCACAUUGCUGGAGGGGAGGGAGUGCAAAUUCAAUAGUGACAUAUAAGAACAUGGAGGUCUGCCUUGUAUUGAGUGAGAACACAGUUCCCUCUUGAUCAGAAUAGCCUACUGGCAAUUGUGGCAAUCUCACAGGGUCCCCAGACGUUUCACCGCCUUUUGAUCCCUGUGCCACCACUUUAUUUCUUGCUGCCACCACCCAGGCCCUACCUGGUACAAUACUGAGUCCAGCCAGGGUUAAAACCACAGAGCCUAGGACUUGCUGAUCAGAAGGUCGGCAGUUCGAAUCCCCGUGACGGGGUGAGCUCCCGUUGCUCGGUCCCUGCUCCUGCCCACCUAGCAGUUCAAAAGCACGUCAAAGUGCAAGUAGAUAAAUAGGUACCGCUCCGGCGGGAAGGUAAACGGCGUUUCCGUGCACAGCUCUGGUUCGCCAGAAGCGGCUUAGUCAUGCUGGCCACAUGACCCGGAAGCUGUACGCCGGCUCCCUCAGCCAAUAAAACGAGAUGAGCGCUGCAACCCCAGAGUCGGUCACGACUGAACCUAAUGGUCAGGGGUCCCUUUACCUUUAACAAGUGUGUGGUUUCAUAAACGGUAUUGGUCAAUUACAAUCAUGGGGUGCCUAUCCAGACCUAUAAAUUCCGCUACCUGCUCUCACUCACUAAACCACCUCUCAGAUAUUUACUCGUCUUCCUAGCCCCUAACUGUUCCUGACCCAGCUCAUUUCGCUACACUGACUCAACCUACCCACAGACUCUAUCCCAAUUCACUCCCACUCCAACCAACUUCCCAACGAACGAACUCCUUCGCCCCUCCCAGAGCUGGCUUUAUAGUCCCUCUGACUCCACCCCCUGGGUUCUGAUUGGGUAACCUGUUUAACUAUUUCACCUCCAGCACUCUCAUAUGUUAAUGUCACAGCAAUAUUGGCAGUGGCUCUCCAUGGUUUCAGAGAGAGGGGACAUUUCUGUCCUAACUGGAGAAAUGCAGACCCUCCAAGUGUCCCUAUUUCCCAGGGGCAUCCGUAAUUUAGAGAAGCCGUUUGGAAUGUCCCACUUCUCCUUAGGAUGUCCCUAUUUUCAUUGGAGAAAUGAUGGAGGGUAUGGAGUUAUCCAACCCACCCGAACCGUCUGAAGGCAAUCCUGUGUACGGACGUUUUUUUAAAUGUUUAAUUAUAUUUUUUUAUAUAUGUCAGAAGCUGCCCAGAGUGGCUGCAGCAACCCCUUAAGGUGUGUGGGGUAUAAAUAGUAAAAUUAUCAUUAUGGAAUGGGAUGUCCCUAUUUGCACUGGAGAAAUGUUGGAGGGUAUGGAAGUGGGGAAUAGAAUCUGGGAUCUUGAGCAUUUUUGUGGGGCCGGGGGGCGUGUAGCAGCUUUUGAGAAUACCACAUGGUAACGUGGGAUCUGGCCUUAAGUGUACAUUGAGCAGGAAGAGAAUUUGCUUACAGUCUUACAGAUACGAAGGUUCUUUAAGGUUUUCCUUUCAGGUGGAUUCAGAUGGCAAUGCUGAAGACUGCCAUUCUUAUGUGGUGGCCAGGUUCCUGGAUGUUCUUAUUCUAUGUUUCCUUGCUGCCGUUUUAUUUCUGUAAAAUGCCCCUUCCCCGCAAACAAAAAUGCAAAAACGGAACCAACCUCUGAAAUAAUAUGAUACGAUAAUCUUUAUUGUCAUUGUCCCAUACAGAACAACAAAAUUGGGGGGGGGGGGAUAUCUACAUAAGACAUUCAAAACCAACAAGCCUGCUAUCCCAGCUAUCCCAACCUGGUUAGCCCCCUAAAAACUCUGAUACCCCAUUUUUAAAAUACAAUAUACUCCCAUAGAGACUCUGUGAAUAGUCUCCCAUAGAGACUAAUGUGAAACCAACAGCAAGUCACUUUAAGGCCAGCAAUAAAAAUAAGUAUUAAGCACCAGCACGGAUUAAAAUGAAGCCCCUCUAAUCAACCUGGAAUGGCUUUUAAGAAUUAAAAAGUUGCUUCGCCCUUCGGCAAAGCAUAGAGAGCAGUGGAAGUCUUGCAUAGCUGUUCCGUAAAGUGGGGCUGUCUGGUUGUAUAUAGGCCCUUGUGCCACACAUACCCCACCCCACCCCAGCAGUGGGGCAGGAGCUGAUUUCUCCAUCAUGCUGUCAUUUGCAGUGGCCAGUUGACGCAGGUCCAGGUGGAAGGGCAGUUAUCCAGGAGAGGCGAAGCCCACACACUUAAUCUUGCCAACGUGGUUGCUUUGUUUACAAGACAUGAGCUUGCAUCGUAGGGAAGCAGUUCCCUUGCUUCUGUGUUGAGUUGGGUGGGACAAAAACAGGGGAACGUUUUGAACUGACCUGAGCAAUUUGGACAAUGAAGUUUAAACAGAAAAGAAUCUGUCACUAGAGAACAGUGGCUGUCACUAGAGAACAGUGGCUUUUACAUUAGGCACAAUUCACAGUUAUUAUAAUAAUGUCUGUUUUGUUGCCUUCCCCUCCUCAGUUCCAGAAAGGUACAAGCUUGGAGCAUCACUAAACUACAAGCAACACUCUCCUAUUUGUCUCAGGGCUCAGUUCUGCCCUCUCUCAUCAGGUAAUUUCCCCAUUUUCUCUCCUAGGGUACAGUUACAGAUCUUUGUCGCUCUGUGAAGCAUUUCUGGGGUUUUUUUAGUUUUAAAUUCCAAAAAUACAAAGUUAAGGUAAAUCAUUCCCAUCACAGGUACAUUUGUUUGGCCACUGAAGAGGACUUUAUGCUGAAACGUGUCCGACCAGUUGCUCUAAGAGGCUCUCACCUUUAACUCACAUUUGGCCUAUAAGCAGAACACAGGAGUGCAUUCUUAAUAUUUCUCUGUAGUGUGCAUCUCGCCUUACAGAAUAUUUAAAAAAAAAUAUGUUUAUGUGGGCAUAACCAAGUGUUUUACCUUACCUUUUUGAAAUUUUAUUCUGCUGAAGAGAGCAGUUUUUCCAUAUUUGUGUGUGGUUUUAUUUAAAUGCCUGGUUUAAAAGAACACAUCUAAGAAAAUGAUGUUGAAUUAUAAAUUGUUCAAAGUUCUGUUCUCAAAAUUUUUAUUCACAUUUAGGUCACCCAGCAAUUAUGGGGGACUACUUUUAGAUGUUGUUCAGUGAACUAAUUCACUGUUUAACUGAACUAGUCCAAGCACUGCUCUGAAGUGGUACAUCCCAGAGACAGGUUUGAUCCUGCACUGAAACCCAGGCAUCUGCUAGGUCUCCUUUCUCAGUUCCCUGCUAUCAGGAGUGCCUGACUGUCAUCUACCUAUGUGGUUGUUUUUAAACUGGGCUUCCUUUCUUUUAAGAUCCAUGAUGGCGCUGUUCGCUGUCCUUGCUGCAUUGAUGCUCGCUACAGUUCAUGGACAGGAAGGAGACGAAACCAUCACAUACACGGUAAAGUCGAGAGGGGGGGGCAAAUGUUGUCUACUACAGAACUUUCAAAGCAAUCCUACAGAAGUUAAUAGCACCAGAAUCUGUCUGGGGGCCAAACUACACACGAGGUUAAAAGUUAUUGGACCCUCAUAUUGCAGGGAUGGGGAACAUAGCUGUCAAGUGUCCCUUAUUUGGCGGGACAGCCCCUUAUCCCAGCGCCAUGUCCCGCUGCUGCCCCUUAUUGAUGAGGCUUCGUUUGGCUGCUGGCUGGGCUUUCUGCCUUUGGCUUGGAGGAGCUCAGAAGCUAAACAUACCUGUGCCCGGAAAAUCCCUUAUUUUGGCUGCUGAUCCAUUAUUUUCAAAUCUGUAAGUUGACAGCUAUGAUGGGGAACCUGUGGCCUUGCAGGUGUUGAUGGACCACAACUCCCAUUAUCCCUUGCUAUUGGCCAUGCUGGGUGGUGCUGAUGGGAGUCGGAGUGCAAUAUUUAUUUAUCUAUUUAUUUGUUCAAUUUAUAUACCGCCCUAUACUCGGAGGUCUCAGGGCGGUUCACAGUAGAAUCUGGAGGGUGCCUUCUUGGGUGUUCCUGGUUUAGAUGUUCUUCAGCUGUCAAAGCACACCUGCUUUCUCCCUUUUCUUGGAACUCCAGCACAGAACAUUAUUCAUAGUACCAUUCCCAGCUCCUCUUCCUUCAAAUCCUUCCUCACAACCCACCUCACACCGCAGCAGAUGUCAACUGGUCUGUAUAACCUAGUAAGGCCUAGUUUUUUAUUGGCAAUGGCUCCACGGGGUCUUCCCCAUCAACAGUUACCCAAUCCCAGUGCGUUUUUGUGUGAAAAAGGUGUUGAAGUUAGUUAGUUAGUUAGUUAGUUGGAGUCACGGUGCCACCUCCACCCCAGGCAGGGGCUAAAUUUAAGAUGUGAUUAAUAAAUUCAAGCAGACAGUGAUCUAGAUUAGAAAUGGCCACAAGUUUAUUGACUGCAGAUAUAGGUGGAUUUUUGGCUCAGGCGUUGGGUGUAUACCCGUUCGAAGACCCAAAAAAAGAGCAAUUAUUUAAUUUUUAAAAGGGAAGGGAACUCGGUUCCCCUGAGUUCCUGCUGAAAAAGACCUCUGCCCAAUCCUUUUUUAAAUUUGAGGUGACCCUUCCAUAAACAUGCAGGAAGCCUUUUGCUGAACACCUUAGCCUCUUCCCCCAGCCUACUGCACGAAUAUUCAGUCUCAUAUCGUUUGUUGCUUUUGCCUCUUUCCUCCUGAGAUAUCUUGAGACUGGGAUGGGGAAGCUGUGGGUCUCUGGAUACUGCCGGACUCCAACUCCCAUCAGUCCCGGCUGGCAUUGCCCAUGGCCGGGUGGGAUGGGAAAUGAAGUCUUAACAACCUCAGGAGGGCCACCGGUCCCUCAUCCCCAUAUUGAGAACGACCUCCUCCUCCAUGGAACUGCCCGCACGUCAACAUCGGUUGUCAAUAGUACCGGGUUAAGACCGACAUGUUCUGACUCGGUGCAAGGCAGCUUCCUGUGUUCCUGAUUUUGCUGAUCAUCCACAGUGGAGCAAUCACACUGAAGUUAAUGGGAUUUCUUGAGGAUAAGUCAUCUGCGAAGUGCUCCCCGUUGGGUUGUUAACUGGGCGUGAUUUUUGGUUGUGCAUUAAACGGGCAUUGGGGAGAUUCAGUAAGUUUUGCUGUUUUUUCCUCUGGGGCUCAGAGGCCUUUUUAUAGCUACAGUAACUCCAGUUGCCUCAGCCCGAGGAUGCUGUCAUUCCUUUGGAGAGCUGGGGUUGUAAUGCAAUUAGCUGCCCUCUUGCCCCCUUGUUACACUCGAGACCCGUUCCCCUUCCAGCUCGCUGCUAGAUUUGGCAGACUUCUAGCAUCACCUGUGAAUAAAUGGAAGGGGGGGAGAGUUAGUUUCUGCCUCCGAUUUAAGCUCCUUGAGUAACAAAGCUACUCAAAACAACCCACAGCAGCCCAGUGUGUUGAGCAACAAGGGCGUCAACAUGCUGAGACAGAUUCUUAGCUGGAGAAAACGCCGUGAGUGCCUACCAAGUUACGGCAGGGAUGGAUUUGGCUCGCCAUGACAAGCUGAUUUAUUAACUCGAGGGUUUCUCUCGCUCGCUCACUCACUCCCUGCCAUCGGUACUACUAUGAAAACACUGUGCUUAGUAUGGCAGACGUGAUAGGGUUGCCGGAUUUUGAAGAGCAAAAAAGAGGGCACAUUUGCCGACUUCUACUUUUAACUAUGGAUCACUGUGACAAUUCUACUCAUGAAAAAGAGGACGAGUCCUGGAAAAAGAGGACAUAUGGCAACCCUGAGGUAGAUUAGAUAGAUGAUGAUAGAUAGAUAGAUAGAUAGAUAGAUAGAUAGAUAGAUAGAUAGAUAGAUGAUAGAUAGAUAGAUAGAUAGAUAGAUAGAUGAUAGAUAGAUAGAUAGAUAGAUAGAUGAUAGAUAGAUAGAUAGAUAGAUAGAUAGAUAGAUAGAUAGAUGAUAGAUAGAUAGAUAGAUAGAUAGAUGAUUGAUAGAUAGAUGAUAGAUAGACAGAGAGAAAUGAUAGAUUGAUAGAUAGAUAGAUAGAUAGAUAGAUAGAUGAUAGAUAGAUAGAUAGAUGAUAGAUAUAGAUAGAUAGAUAGAUAGAUAGAUAGAUAGAUAGAUAGAUAGAUGAUAGAUAGAUAGAUGAUAGAUAGAUAUAGGUAGAUGAUAGAUAUAGAUAGAUGAUAGAUGAUAGAUAGAUGAUAGAUAGAUGAUAGAUAGAUAGAUAGAUAGAUAGAUAGAUAGAUGAUAGAUGAUAGAUAGAUGAUAGAUAGAUGAUAGAUAGAUGAUAGAUAGAUAGAUAGAUAGAUAGAUAGAUGAUUGAUAGAUAGAUGAUAGAUAGACAGAGAGAAAUGAUAGAUUGAUAUAUAGAUAGAUGAUAGAUGAUAGAUGAUAGAUGAUAGAUAGAUAGAUAGAUAGAUAGAUGAUAAAUAGAUAGAUAUGGAUAGAUAGAUGAUAGAUAGACAGACAUAGAUGAUGAUAGAUAUAGAUAGAUGAUAGAUAGAUAGAUAGAUAGAUAGAUAGAUAGAUAUAGAUAGAUAGAUAUAGAUAGAUGAUAGACAGAAAGCAUUGAUACCCCAAAAGGUCUUUCUUCUCCCUUAACCACAGCAUUGUAUUCCAGUACAAAAACCAAGCCUGGCUCUGUCUCAGCAUCUCAGCCUUCAUCCUGCUCUCAGCUGAGCUCACAUACAACUCCUCUGGCUAUUUCACUUAGCUGCAGCCCAGGUCAUUUUUUUUUAGGAUGCUUUUCAUGAUGCUAAACUCUCUGUUUCCUAGUCAAAGGGACUGAUUUAGGUGCUUAAGUGACAAGCUUUGGCCAUUGUCUUACAAUGGCCUAGUUAGCAAAGGAUUGUUCCAUCAGCUUUUAACUCUUCCAGGGACAGGACCCCAAGGAUUAGGAAGGGAGGUAUUGUGCAGACUGACAAACACACACCCAACCUGCAACAAUAUCUGUAUGCAUCUCUCUCUCUCUCUCUCUCUCUCUUUCAUCGGUUAAACCUGAUGAUGAAGAUUGUCAGUUAUUUAGCUAAAAUGCUACAUUUUGAGAAACAGGAAGGGUGCUUCUUGGUUUUUCCCUUUCGAUGUCAAGAUGUCUUAAGCCAGCCAUUGUUUUCAGCAACUUACCUGUUGAUUGACAAUAUGGCUUCAGAGACUGCAAAUCUUCCAUUUGAAUGUUCCAACGAGGUCCAAUAUCUCUCCUUGGACGUUUCUGACCCUUGCACAUUCAGUAAUAGUAAGUUGGGUGAAACGUUGGUUAGACUUGUGCUCCCCAAUGUGCUAAUUUUGUACUUGCAGUUAGAAGCUCCCUAUUCAAGCUAGCGGGACGCAGGUGGCGCUGUGGCUUAAACCACAGAGCCUAGGACUUGCCAAUCAGAAGGUCGGCAGUUCGAAUCCCCGCGACGGGGUGCGCUCCCGUUGCUCGGUCCCUGCUCCUGCCAACCUAGCAGUUCGAAAGCACAUCAAAGUGCAAGAAGAUAAAUAGGUACCACUCCGGCAGGAAGGUAAACGGCGUUUCUGUGUGCUGCUCUGGUUCGCCAGAAGCGGCUUAGUCAUGCUGGCCACAUGACCCAGAAGCUGUACGCCGGCCUCCUUGGCCAAUAAAGCCAGAUGAGCGCCGCAACCCCAGAGUCGGCCAUGACUGGACCUAAUGGUCAGGGGUACCGUUACCUUUACCUUUUUACUCAAGCUAGAGAAUGUUUUUAAUUGGACGGUGCAGGUAUGGCCUCAGCAGUCCCUCCAGUGAGGUGUCAUGGGGGGAAAUGCAGCGCUUUAUUUUUCUGUGGAAAAUGUUUUUGUUUCAUAAGUUCAUUGCAACAAUGAAUGGAUGGGGAUUGCAAAUAAAAUGUUGCGCAAGCUUGGCAGUGGGAACUUUUUAAGUUUCGUUCACUGAACACAAAUUAAAGAACAUAGUAAAUUAGAUCACCCUCUAGGGCAUUAGAACAUUUUUCCAAUUUGCAAACUGAUUUCCCUCCCACCCAUCCUAGUGUUAUCCUGACUCAGAAGGCUCUCAGUGACGAUGGAUCAGCAAUUGUAAAAAGUAAUGUGAGCCCUGGGGAGAGAGGCAAGUCUCUUUCCUGAGAGCUCCAUAAAACUGGGGCCUGAUCUUAACAGCAGAAAAUAUAUUAAUCCAUAUUUUCAUUUUGAUUGUGCUAAUUGGUUUUCUUUGUUUUACAUGCAGCAAUGCACAGACGGUUACGAAUGGGAUCCCGUCCUGCAGCGAUGCAAAGGUACAGUAGACUGUAGCAAGCGGCACAUUGAUGUAUUUAUAUCUGCUAAAAGGAAUCCUGAGCUUGAACUAUUGAGAAUUCUGUCUGCAUAGUGGGGGGUUAUCUCCUUAGUCUUUUCCAGUGCAGAGACUAUGGAGAAAGCAUGGGAAGGAGCACAAACAUUGUGGCCGUAUCCGGGUUUUUGGAAUCGCAUCCACUCUAUCAGUUUCUCUCCAGCACAGAUUUGCAUUCUUCAUCAUUGAUAUUUCCUUCCAGGGCAGUGAGAAUGAUCCAUUUGCUACAGGGAUAGCCAACAUGGUGCUCUUCAGAUCUUGUUGGGUUAUAGUCACAUUCAUGCCAUUCAUUUAAAGCACCUGUUAUCUUUAAAGAGUGCAUCAUGGAACAUUCCCAUUUGGCAGCAUGGACAGCAGUCAUUUAGGAGGGUAAUGCAGAGCUCAAUAAUGGUUGAGUGUUGCACAUGCAAUUGGCUUAGCUGUGUACCUCUCGCACAUCCAAUUCCCCUCUCCCCAUGAGGUGGACUGAGGAUCCAAGGGUGUCAGGAUGCUGUCAGCGGUUCCCGGCUGGUUGCCCAGGAAAGUAUGAAGACACGGAAAAGUUUCUUACCAUCCUUUUUUGUUUCAAAAAAAGCCAGUAUGGUGUAGUGUUUAAGAGCGGUAGACUCGUAAUCUGGGGAACCGGGUUCGCAUCCCUGCUCCUCCACAUGCAGCUGCUGGGUGACCUUGGGCUAGUCAUACUUCUUUGAAGUCUCUCAGCCCCACUCACCUCACAGAGUGUUUGUUGUGGGGGAGGAAGGGAAAGAAGAUUGUGAGCCGCUUUGAGACUCCUUCGGGUAGUGACAAAGCGGGAUAUCAAAUCCAAACUCUUCUUCAAUCUUUACAGAGAGAGGCUAUAGAACCCAGCCUCUUGCAUAAUGACGUUGUCCUGAGCGAAUCUUCAACCACCCACCAUCUCUCCCACUUCCUCAUUCAUCUUUCUCAUCACCUCCUCUACGGGUGCUGCUACAUGCCCUCUGUCUGUGUCCUCUUUGCUCUCCUACUUUUAAGGCUCGCCGGGUUCUGGGAGAUGGAGGGUCUGGGAUGCUUUCUAGUGUCAGCCAGGUGUUGCUCUGGCUCUCCCAUGAUUUCCCAGCUUUUCCCCACAUCUGCCUCUGAGCUGCGACCUGCCUCAAACCCCUGUUGUAAAUCUAUACUGUCUUCCUCCUCCUCCUCCCUGGAAGGGUCAGGAUGGGGAGGCGGUCUUUACCCUUCCUCCUCUGCCCAGUCCCUGACACAGGGGAGUGGCCAGCGGUCCUGCAGAAACUCUGCCUGCCCCUGUUGCUGCCGCUGGAGAAGCAAAGCGAAGCAGCGGUAGCAACUUAUGGCAAUAUCUCGUGAGAUUUUGCGGAACUCUCGCGAGAUCUUGCUGCUGCCGCCACUUCUUACAUCUCCCGUGGGUGGGGGUGGGUGUCCUGCCUGCCCACUGCUGCUCCUGCAGCAGCAAGGAAAAAAAUAUUACAGCAUAUAUCUUACUCACCUCUCCCAUGUUCUUGCCAGACGCCAUAGUCCAUGGGUAGGCAAACUAAGCGCCAGGGGCCAGAUCAGGCCCAAUCGCCUUCUAAAUCCAGCCUGCAGACGGUCCGGGAAUCAGCAUGUUUUUGCAUGAGUAGAAUGUGUGUUUUUGUUUGAAAGGCAUCUCUGGAUUAUUUGUGGGGCAUAGGAAUUCGUUCAAUUUUUAUUUAUUUUUUUCAAAAUAUAGUCCGGCCCCCCACAAGGUCUGAAGGACAGUGGACCGGCCCACUGCUGAAAAGGUUUGCUGACUCCUGCCGUAGUCACUGUAAAGGGGUAGCUGAUCAAAAAUAUUACUGGCAAGUGGAUUUGACAUCCCACUUUAUCACUACCCUAAGGAGUCUCAAAGGGACUAACAAUCUCCUUUCCCUUCCUCCUCCACGACAAACACUUUGUGAGGUGAGUGAGGCUGAGAGACUUCAAAGAAGUGUGACUGGUCCAAGGUCACCCAGCAGCUGCAUGUGGAGGAGCGGGGAAGCGAACCUGGUUCACCAGAUUACGAGUCCACUGCUCUUAACCACUAUACCACACUGGCUCAAUUAUGAAGUGAUGUCAACUAGAGACUAAGUGAAAAUUGAUGCAGCAGUUGGAGUUACAUCUUGGACAUGUAACGAGAGUGGGAAACUGGUUUUGGAAAUAUUAGAUUGAAUUAAUUUAGUUUCACAUGUAAUAAUUUGGAAAAUCAAUGAAAAAAUAAUUGGCAGAAACUGUAGUCAUGCAACCCCAGUAAGCAGUGAGUGGAGGAGCACCUUUCUGUUUCACCCAGGACCACAUAACACCGGUCCUGAGAGAUCUGCAUUGGCUCCCAGUACGUUUCCGAGCACAAUUCAAAGUGUUGGUGCUGACCUUUAAAGCCCUAAACGGCCUCGGCCCAGUAUACCUGAAGGAGUGCCUCCACCUCCAUCGUUCAGCCUGGACACUGAGAUCCAGCGCCGAGGGCCUUCUGGCGGUUCCCUCAUUGCGAGAAGUGAGGUUACAGGGAACCAGACAGAGGGCCUUCUCGGUAGUGGCGCCCGCCCUGUGGAACACCCUCCCUUCAGAUGUCAAGGAAAUAAGCAGCUAUCUUCUCUUUAAAAGACAUCUGAAGGCAGCCCUGUUUAGGGAAGUUUUUAAUAUUUAAUGCUGUCUUGUUUUUAACACUUGAUUGGAAACCACCUAGAGUGGCUGGGGAAACUUAGCCAGAUGGGCGGGGUAUAAAUAAUAAAUUAUUAUUAUUAUUAUUAUUAUUAAAUAGGACAGGCCGUUGUUGCCUCUUCCCCUAUCUCUGCCUCUUCCCCUACCUUUUCUUUCCACGUGGAAGUGCUGAUAGGAUUCUCAAACCUGCCGCCUGCCUGAGACCCUCACCUGCAUCCGAGGCAGGAAGAUGCUGCCAUUUUGGUGCUCACCUUUGCCUUGUUUCCGACCGCAGAUAUCGAUGAAUGUGAAAUCGUGCACGAUGCCUGCAAAGGUGGGAUGAAAUGCGUGAACCACUUCGGAGGAUACCUCUGUCUGCCCAGAACGGCUCAGAUUAUUGUCAACAACGGUCAAGAACAACCUGCGCCUGAACCCGUGCCUGUGCCUAAUGGCCGAAACGGCAAUGCCAUAGCUCGAAGGACUGUCCCGGGGAUACAGUGCGCGGCCGGGUUUGAAGCCAGCGAUCACAACGUUUGCCAAGGUAAGGAAGUCAUCUUAUGCCAAACUUUACAUCCCUGCAUCAGGGAGGGGGGGUGGGAUUCAUUUGGCCCCCUUUCCACACCAGAUUGGCCCAGUUCAACCAUCCAGAACUCAGUUGUUGAUUGGAACAAAACUGGUCAAAUUGCAGCCUUAUCCAGAUUUUGCAAUGCCAUUUCGGUGCGCAUAACAUGCACACCCAAAAAAACCACAAUUGAAAUGCAUAUUCAAAUAUGUGUUUUAGGAGAAAGUGCAUUGAAUUAAUUUAUUAUUAUUAUUAUUAUUAUUAUUAUUUUGAGGGGAGUGGUGGGGAAUACAUACACAAAUGCAUGUAAUAAUGUACGCGGUUUAAAUGUGGAGUUGUCAUGCAUUCUUUUAAAAAAAAAAUCAGCACAAAACAUGGACUUAUGCCAGCAAAAUUGAAGCAAGGGGGGGACUUGUGCUUAUCUGUUUGCCCCUGCUAUGUAGUAGAGAAUAACAGGAAGGGCAAGUAAUGUAGCCUUAGUGGCUUAUAUCAGAGAAAGCAAUUCAGAAGAAAGGGAUGAGGUUGUAGUGAGAACUGGGCCAGCUUAUUUCUGCUCUCGGUCGGUUUUGGCACCUGCCCAUUCUGAAGUCAGUUUGUCGUAUUCCUGCCUUAAUCUGCAAAUUCCUCCUUUUUUCAAUCUGCAUGAAAAUUUGUAUCUAAAUACACAUUUUAAACAUAAUUCUUCUCGCAAAAGAUGCAUUGUUGAAUUUAUUUUAUCUGAAAGUACAUCAUCCUCAGAGCACAUAUUUCGGAUAGGUUUAGAUUCUAGCUCAGUGAUAGAGCAUCUUGCCUGUCAAGCAGAAGGUCGCAGGUUCAACCCCCAAUCUAUGUUGGUAUCAGGCAGCUUCCUACGUUCCUAUGCAGGAUAAAAUUAUGCAUUUUUAAACGCCUUUUGAAUCGACCCCGGAAAUGGACCAGUUUGCCAGUACAUGUUGGGAAAACCCUGGUCUAAUAUGCUCGCAGCCCCUAGUCCCAGUUACCAGCCUAGCAGCUGCAUUCUGACCAAGCUGCACUUCCAACCUUGCUUCAGAGGCAGCCCCAGAUAUAUUAGUAGUCUAAGCUGGAGGUUAGGGACACAGGUGGCUCUGUGGUCUAAACCACAGAACCUAGGGCUUGCCGAUCAGAAGGUUGGCGGUUCGAAUCCCCGCGACGGGGUGAGCUCCUGUUGCUCGGUCCCAGCUCCUGCCAACCUAGCAGUUCGAAAGCACGUCCAAGUGCAAGUAGAUAAAUAGGUACCGCUCCGGCGGGAAGGUAAACGGCGUUUCCGUGCGCUGCUCUGGUUCGCCAGAAGCGGCUUAGUCAUGCUGGCCACAUGACCCGGAAGCUGUACGCCUGCUCCCUCGGCCAAUAAAGCGAGAUGAGCGUCACUACCCCAGAGUCGGCCACGACUGGACCUAAUGGUCUGGGGUCCCUUUACCUUUUAAGCUGGAGGUUAUCAGAGUAGACUAUCUCUACGUAGGGAUGCAGCUGGCUAAUCAGCCGAAGCUGGUUAAAGCUGUUCGCUAUCCCAGAGAGUCACUGCUGGCUGGUUAGAACCUUGAGUAGGAGAAUUCCUGUUAAUGUGGUGAGGAUCUACUGCAGAAGAAGGUAACCAAGAUGAUCAUGGGUCUGGAAGCCAAAUCUUAGGAGAAACAGUUGAGGGACUUGAGUAUGUAUAUCCUGGAUAACAGGAGAAUGACAGAAGAUAUGAUAAAAGUAAAGGUAAAAGGACCCCUGAUCAUCAGGUCCAGUCGUGAUCGACUCUGGGGUUGCGGCGCUCAUCUCGCUUUAUUGGCCGAGGGAGCCGGCGUACAGCUUCCGGGUCAUGUGGCCAGCAUGACUAAGCCACUCUCUGGUGGACCCCAGAGCAGCGCACGGAAACGCCGUUUACCUUCCCGCCAGAGCAGUACCUAUUGAUCUACUUGCACUUUGACGUGCUUUCGAACUGCUAGGUUGGCAGGAGCAGGGACCGAGCAACGGGAGCUCACCCCAUUGCGGGGGAUUUGAACUGCCGACCUUCUGAUCGGCAAGUCCUAGGCUCUGUGGUUUAACCCACAAUCUUCAAAUAUCUAAAGGACUGUCACGCGGAGUGUGGAACAAGCUUGUUUUCUCCAGCUCCGGAGGAUAGGAUCCGAACCAAUGGCUUCAGUUACAAGAAAGGAAGUUACGACUAAACAUCAGGAAGAGCUUUCUGGUGGUGAGGGCUGUUCAACAGUGGAUGAGACUCCCACGAGAUGUUGUGGACUCUCCUUCCUUGGAGGUUUUAAAGCAGAGGUUUGACGGCCAUCUGUCAUGGAUGCUUUAGUUGAGAUUCCUGCAUUGCAGGAGGUUGUACUAAAUGAUCCUUAGGGUCCCUUCCAACUUUUCAAUUCUUUGAUUCUCUGAUUUUGUUGCAAGGCACACUUGUACUAUAUAAUCUAGGAAGUAGCGUAUAUAUUGGACAUUCACAGCUUGUGCGGGACUGUCCUAGAACACAUCGUUGCUUAUUUAUCAACUGUGACUUAAAGAGCAUUGUAUUUGAGCCUCUUACAUCCUUUGGCCAGGGCAGAAAAAGCUUGAGGUCCGUGGAAAUCAAUGGUGGUUUGGGCAGUGGUUUUUCUAGGGUAAGGAUUCCAUCCAACAUGUUUAUAUUCUGAUUCAUAAAAUAAACCCCACGAGAGCAUUCCAUUAAUGGUAACUUAAUUUGAGAGUGACGUGUUUGUUGGUAAAUGAGGUUGGCACUGCCUCUAUGAAUACCGAGAAAGGAACUACAGCUAUUUCAUACAGCUUGUCUCGAUUAUGACCAUUUAAACCACUAUUUAAUAUAAUUACUGUAGAUAGAAAGGACUCUCUCUCUCUCUCUCUCUCUCUCUCUCUCUCUCUCUUGAAGCCAGAGAAUUAAAAAGAAAAGAAAAAUCAAUAGCCCAAAUCUUGGAAGAUUGCUUUGCUGACGUGCACUUGGAUCCCCCACUGGUUAGCCUUAGAACAAGUGUUUAUGAAUCAAAAGCAGAAUUUGGCUCCAGGUCUUUUCUUUCACAAAAAUGAUAUGCGCUGGAGGAACAGAUGUUAAAGUAAACUAUUUAUACAAACAAACACAAUGAGAAACAGCCUCCAGAGUUUACAGGAUUGUUGCAAGGCCCAUUCCUGAUUGUGCAAAAAAAAAAUAUUAAAAAGGGAAUUACCAUUGCUAACAUCCUGGGAAUUUUAUCCUGGGGAGUGGUGGGUGUACACUCAUGCAAAUGUUGUUCAUUAGCUAGCUUGUUUGAAAUGCUGGCAAGCUUCAGACUGGAUCUCUGACCAAAGGAUCAGAGCUGGAGGGGGGGGAAUAGCUCACUAGCAAAGUGCAAUUGCUAAUCUGCGGGGAGGGGGGGAAUACAGGGAAAUCAGUGGCAAAGCCGUGCGGAAGAUCCCUAGUUCAGGCCUUGGCAACUUCAAUUCAAAGGAUCAUCUUAGCAGACACUGAGAAAAAUAUAUCUCCCUGCCUAAGAUGCUUUAAAUGGAGAGCCAAUCUGAUGUGCAGUGGAGCACAAGCCUAUCCAGUACAAAGAAACUCUACUUAAACUUUUGAGGACUCCUGUGCCUUUAAUUAAAAGUUUCCUAUUUGCAGGCCCUACCCGUUUUAUUGCCUCCUCUUGAGAUUGAGUAGAGAAUCUGUGGUGAAUAGUCGGUUAGCUAGAUUAUUUCUCUUAAUUUUCCCCACACCACUUCCUGUUCCUGUUCACAAAUCCUCUGGUCAGGCUUAAGGGGAAGCAACAAAACAGGACCUGCAAAUAGGUAACCUUUAAUUAAAAGUGCAGGAGCCCUUGAAAGCUUUAGUUGCGCUUUCUUCACAACAGACAGUUGUACAUCAGAUGGAUUCCUCAUUUCACAAGUGGACAAAUAGCGUGGCAACUUCAGACUAAACUGUUAGGUGUGGAAGUAACCCCAUGACUUCACAGCAGCUCAGCCAAUGGUUUGACAGGCUAGCUGAUGACAGCCUGCAGAAACGUUGCAGUCCAUCACGUAGAGAGAAGUUUUGCAUGGCGCAAGUCUGAAAAGGGUUCAGUUGUCCCAGAUUUGCUUUCUUUAUAGCUGGCUUGUAACAGAUGGAUAUUGUGCUGGUCCCGAGGGUUAACCGUGCGGUGAGGUCCGAGUCCAGUCCAAGGUCGAGGGUGCAGUAUGGAGGCAGUCCGUCAAAGCUGAAGCUGGGUCCAAGGCAGGGAGUUGGGUGAGGUCAGGAGCUCAGGCAGGAACAGGCUACCAACAAUGUUGCUCCCGCAACCUGGGACUGGGGCUGGCUGGCUUUUAUCUGCCCAGAGGCAUAGGGCGGCCCCGGUCCACAGGUGACUCACCUCUCCUGGCCUGGAGGCGAGCACUCCCCCUGUGGGAACUUAGUUCCCUCCAUUUCUCUGCCCUGAGCCUCUGUAGCUCAGGAGAGGCUGGAGGGUUACCGGACCCAGAGGCAACCUCAGCUUCCUCUGACGGGGCUGAGAGUGGAGCACCUGCAGGCAAUAGGUCCUCCAUCACUUCAGGAGCCAGAGCAGACUCAGCUGGUGCCUGCACCUGAGGACCCAGCACAGGUGAGGACCCUUCAGGCUCAAGCCCCAGCCCUGGCUCAGCUGGUUCUGGAGGUGGGGACUCCUGUGCAGGCUGGGAUUCCUCAGGUUCAGCGUCCGAGUCCGAAUCCCAGGCCAUCACAGAUAUUCUCGUAAUUUUAAGUGGAUGAGCAGAGAAAAAAUGUGAAGAUAUUCUGGAAAGGUAUGUUAAGGAAGUAUGCUUAUAUCCCGAAGAGUUCCACUUUACCUCGUGCAAUGUUAUGUUUUGACUGAACUAAAAAUACAAAAGGGAUUUGCAAAUUAUAGAGUGAUUGAGCAGCUUGGCCUCCAUGUGGUGAUUAUAAAAUGGCUUCUAUACCAAUUAACAUUUUUGUGUUUUAUUUGCUGCCAUGCCGUUGAGCUCGAACCAUGAUAGAAGUGGCUUCCCCCAUUGUUAAGUAUAGUGUGGAAAUAUCCGCUUUUCGUCACGUGUAAUUUGGCAGCACAAAGGACAUAGGCUUGAAGGCCAGCAAAGGACACAGGGGAAGCAACAUGCAUUAAGAGACUCGGUUUUUUAUAAGUUAAAGUGUUAAUUGGCAAUAAUUAACAUGAAAUUGACAAGGAUUUCAUUCUAUAAUGCAGUCAAAAAAUCUCGUUAACAAAAUGGGAAAGGUGCGUGUGUUUGGCCCUAAUAGAAAACAAUCACCAAGUAGUAUCUGUUAAAGAAUGAGGGGAAGGCAGGCCAGGGGCAGCUAUGGCAGUUACAAUGAUAUAAAACAUCUACAACAGCCUUUCUCAACCUUGGGUCCCCGGAUGUUGUUGGACUACAACUCCCAUCAUCCCUAGCUAGCAAGACCACUGGUCAGGGAUGAUGGGAGUUGUAGUCCAACAACAUCCAAGGUUGAGAAAAGACUGGUCUAUGAGUUUGUAGUGUCGGUAUUCCAUUAAGAGUCAUGUUUGGUAAGUCGGGAUUGCUUUGCUGUUGACUUUAGUCCCCUGCCUAGAAAGUUUCGGAUUCUAGCGGCUUCAGCAGUCAGUCCGUGUUCUGUUGCCACUGAGCAUGCUCAGUCCGUAUCGGAAUGAUAUGGGGAAAGGAAGGGAUUUCAUCAUCAGAGAAUUUAUUUUAUUUUUGCUGAAGAUUUUUUUUUAACUUCUGCAAACCUUGUGGUUCUCCCAAGCGCACUAGUACCUUCUUCUCAGGUGUGGGCCAUGCCAUUUUGCUUACAUAAGCAACAGCGCUCCGAGACUGAAGAAAGAUGGAAUUAUACUGGAGGGCUAGAGAGAAAGAUUGCUGGUAUGAUAUGUCGGCUGCGCAAAUGCGUGAGACUUUUCCCAGAUGGUGAGGAUUGAGCAUGAGGCAUUCUGCGUGCAAGGCAAAUGCUCUCCCAAUGAGCUUUGGCCCUUCCCUAUCUAUAGCUGCAGUCCUAUACACACUUCCCUGGGAGUUAGUCCCACUAAAUUCAGUGGGUCUUAACUCUGAGUGGACGUGUGUAGGAUUGUACCACAAGAUAGGCCCAGAAACUGCUUUACUAGUGAUGCAUCUACAGUGGUACCUCGGGUUAAGUACUUAAUUCGUUCCGGAGGUCCGUUCUUAACCUGAAACUGUUCUUAACCUGAAGCACCACUUUAGCUAAUGGGGCCUCCUGCUGCCGCUGUGCCACCGGAACACGAUUUCUGUUCUCAUCCUGAAGCAAAGUUCUUAACCUGAAGCACUAUUUCUGGGUUAGCAGAGUCUGUAACCUGAAGCGUAUGUAACCCGAGGUACCACUGUACAGUUCUUUGAUUGGGCCUUCAAGCUCUCUUCAGAUAUUAGCAUGGAGUGAAUCCGUUCCCAUAUAAUUAUAUAUAGCUGGAGAGGAAAAACGUUGCCCGGCAGAAAUAAUAAUAAUAAUAAAUUAAGUACCUGGCAUUCCUUAUCUGUCAAAACAAAUUAGCUCCCGUGGUGAUGAAAUUUAAAUUUCAAGCUCAUUAGUGUAUUUCUUGUGCAAACCUGCAGCCAUUUGACGGGAGCGGGAGAAGGAUUUUCCUUGGAAUCAGUAAGUGAACCAAGGCUGGUAACAAAACAUUUCAAGCCUUGUUGCUGUUAGGUCAGCUGCUCAAACGCAAAAUUGUAUUUGUUUCCGUUUGACCAUUUCAAAAGCUUCCAAGAAUGUAAUAAAAGAAAGCUGCAUUCCUGCAGAAUGCAGUGGGACUUACUUCUGAGUAGGCAGGUACAAAACCCUUAUCAAUAUUGAAAUACAGUGGUACCUCAGGUUAAGUACUUAAUUCGUUCCGGAGGUCCGUACUUAACCUGAAACUGUUCUUAACCUGAAGCACCACUUUAGCUAAUGGGGCCUCCUGUUGCCGCCACACCGCUCAAGCACGAUUUCUGUUCUUAACCUGAAGCACUAUUUCUGGGUUAGCGGAGUCUGUAACCUGAAGCGUAUGUAACCCGAGGUACCACUGUAUGCCUCUUCUGACACCCUAAUCUUGAGAGGUGGAUUCAAUUGCAGACCAACCUCGGUUCUCAAACGCCUCAGUUAUUGUACGUUUCAGCUCCCGAACGGCGAAAACCCAGUUUUCGAACGUUUUUUGGAACCGGAACAUCCGGCGCUGCUUCUGCUUGAGUGCAAAAAGCUCUUGCAACCGAUCGGAAACCGCGCCUUGGAUGUUGAACGUUUUGGAAGUCGAACAGUCUUCUGGAACGGAUUACGCAUGGAAUGCUCCUUCGCAACGCAGGUCUGAGUGCUCCCCCACUUCAACUAACGUAUCAGGGUUCUGGGCUCCUCAAGAUAUUGCUAGUCUACAUCUCCCAUCAUCCUUGACUCACCGGCCAAGCUGUCUAUAGCUCAUGGGACCUGGAGUCCACCAUCAUCAGGGAAGCUAGCAUCUCAGGGCAAAGGCUAUUCAAAAGCCACCCUUCAAAACAUCCUAGUUUUUCAUGCGCAGAGAAUUAUUGACAUCAGUGAGCUUUCUCAACAAGACUUGCGCCACCACCUGCAGUCCAAAGUGGUACGACUUGGCUAGUCACUUAGUUGUUGUUCUUUUUGUUGUUGUUUUUUAAAAAGAGGUCUUCCUUUUGUAAAUUUUAAUAAGUUUCCAUCAGCAUACAUUUUCGUCUGGAUGCUUUGUUUUCAUAUCACGUCUGCACAGCAUGCAGCAAGCACCAAUUUUGAAGAGGUAUCUUGUCUGGUACAAGAGAGAAUGCAGACUGCCUCGUCUAUGACAUUAAAUACUUCAGUUAAAAGGAGCUUAAGAGUUAUUUUUUAAAGGUCCAUCAAAGGGAUCCUAGUAAAUUAAUCCGCAUGGUUGUGCAGAAGGCAAAACAAGGUUUACAGGUUGGCCACUGCGUGGUUUCUAAGCAACAGUUGUUUAACAAAAGCAGCAACAAAGCAACUCUCUCCAUGAAAAAUAGGCUGCUGAAAUGAAGAAUCUGGGACCUUCUGCUUGCAACGCACGAGUCCUACCCCUGAGCUGCAGCCCAGGUGCUUCCUUGGGCCUACCUUUGACAGGUGACAUUGAGAAAUUCUUCCUGGACUGCCUCAUUGGCCAACAGCACUCUUUUCCGCAGAUCUUACCUGCCCUGUCAUAGCUCUGAGGAAUCCUAUUGUGCCGCGGUAUGCAUUUCUGCUUGUUUUCCUUGGCAACGCCGUUGUUCUACCGUUGCACCCGGGUCAACAGAAUUUCAUAGCCCUGGGGCAAAGUGUGUGCGUUGUUUCAGCCAAACUCCGUCUGCGAGUUUCACUUGGCAGAAGCGAUACCGGGCAGAAAUCCUCCUUCCCUUUCUCUCCUAAGCUCUUUGGUAUGUGUGGGCCUGUCUGUUGCCCUGCGCCAGAAAGAGAAGAAAAGGUGUUGCCCCUUUGGAGACUAUCAAGAUACACAAAUAGCUUUGUCAGAUCAGACCACAAUCCCGUCUCAUGUAGCUCUCUCUUCCCACUGCAGCGCAGUUAGGUAGUUUUAGGUUCUGGAAUUUAGCCUCACCUAGCUGGGCUCGGAGCGAAGGAGAUAUGUUAGCAUAUCUCCAGCUGAGCCAAGGAUCAGGAAUUAUGCCGGUUGUGCAGACACACACACAAACACACACACACUGGCUCAGCCAGAAAACUGCUGUAUCCUAACCCUACUUAUCCCAGCAGAUCUUGCUGUAGGAUUGCUCCCUAAGAGGAUCGUUCUUAUAGACGUGACACUGUCUGUCUGACCCCAAGUGAUUUGCAAUUAGGGAUGAACGAGAAAGUCUAUUCAGUGUAACUGGAGCAUAACCACUCGGGCAAGGGAGGCCAAGCUGCCUCCAGAUUAUUUUAAUCCAACCUGUGCUGAUGCACGCUGUGAAUCAGACCGUUCAUGUCCUGACAGAGUCCCUCAAUGGCUUCUUAUCUUUCGAAAACGGCCCUAGUUGCCUCCUUUCGAAAACGAACAAGCCUCGGUCCCCUUUCUUAUCUAACUGAGAGCUUAGAGUCUCACAUGGACAUGUUCGGCGGUGGGGAAAUCAUUGCGGCUUGCUGCUGGCUGAGCCCUUCAAAGGCAUAUUUUGGAAGUUGGAACCGUGUCAGGAAUCUACUUAUUUACUCAGGGAGUUGUAGAGAUUUCAGAAAAGGGGGCUGCUGCCAGCAGAUAGCAUGACUGCAGCUGGAAAACAAUAUCCUCAUUGAGAUAAGGCUCCUGCUUUUGAUAGCUGUCAACCGAGCUCGGCUUGAACUUAAAUUGCACUCGCAGCCGCCCGAAAAGAACUUGCGGAACAUUUUCAGAGAGGGGCUCCGGAUGCUCUUGGCAUGAUUCAUUUGGGGAGGGGGCUGGAACCCCUGCUUUGCCUGCAAAACCAGGGUGGGUCCCUGGCAUUUCCGGGGGGAAGGAUCUGGAGAGGUGCUGCCAGCCAAAGUUGUCAAACUGGGCAAGAAGGAUUUUGCCUGCUUUUUUCUGGGCGUCAGACUGUGGUUAGAGAUGCAGUAUCAGGGCCAGUAGGGACACGGGUGGCGCUGUAAGUUAAACCACAGAGCCUAGGACUUGCUGAUCAGAAGGUCGGCGGUUCGAAUCCCUGCGAUGGGGUGAGCUCCCGUUGCUCGGUCCCUGCUCCUGCCAACCUAGCAGUUCAAAAGCACACCAGUGCAAGUAGAUAAAUAGGUACCGCUCUGGCAGGAAGGUAAACAGUGUUUCCGUGCGCUGCUCUGCUUCGCCAGAAGCGGCUUAGUCAUGCUGGCCACAUGACCCGGAAGCUGUACGCCGGCUCCCUCGGCCAAUAAAGCGAGAUGAGUGCCGCAACCCCAGAGUCGGUCACGACUGGACCUAAUGGUCAGGGGUCCCUUUACCUUUACUAUCAGGGCCAGUAAAAAGGGGGAGCAGCCCUAAUGUUGUUAAAGGUGGGGACCACAAUGUUUGGUCUGCUCCAACCGGCGUUUAUUCAAGAGCUCGGAAUACUGUGUGGCUCUGGAACAAGGGUGUGGAAUAUUUAUCAGCCUGAGGGCCACAUGAAUAAGCAUGUGGGGGCCACAUGGGCAAGGUGUCACAGACUGGCUGGACACAGAGAAAUGGUGGAACCAGCUGGGGAAGAAGGCUCAUAGCCCAGGGAUUGGUGGUGGGACAACAAUGAGUGAUUAGAGGGAGAAGUCUGGGGAAAAGAGGUGUCGGAAGCUGAAGAGGUAACAGGGCUUUGUGGGUGGGUGGAGUCCGUGGCAGAAAGCAGUCCAGACUCAGAGGAAGAAGCUGAAGAGGGAGAGGAGGGAGGCAAAGAGGCAGAGAUGAGUCCAGCUGGUGAAGAGGCAUGUGUCUCCCCCUCCUGCUGCGACCAGCUCCCCUCCUUCUGGUCUCCCAGAACCAGGAGACACAUGAAGAGAGCAGAGAACUUAGCGUCAUGCAGGCAUAGUCCCAGAUUACUUCAGAAAAGCACUGAAAAGGAGGAGACUUAGGCAGCUGUGGGGAUGUAGGGAUCUCAAGUCUCUGCAACUGCUUCUUGGGCACAAAAUCUGCUGGAGAUGAGCUUCUGCGCUCAUUAGCCCUGACACUUCGGUCCAGGUCCUGUUUUUUUGCUAAUACAGUGGUACCUUGGUUCUCAAACUUAAUCCGUUCCGGAAGUCCAUUCCAAAACCAAAGCGUUCCAAAACCAAGGUGCACUUUCCCAUAGAAAGUAAUUCAAAAUGAAUUACUCCAUUCCAAACUUUUAAAAACAACCCCUAAAACAGUAAUUUAACAUGAAUUUUACUAUCUAAUGAGACCAUUGAUCCAUAAAAUGAAAGCAGUAAACAAUGUCCUGCAGUCACACAAUGAACCAAUCAAUCAAUCAGUUGCUGAACUGGGUUCUACACAAUCACAAAAACAAAAAAAAAGCCACAAAAACGCAAAUUAAAUAGCAAAAACAGACUGACCUCAGCGUAACACUCAAAUCGGAAGCUUAACACUCAAAACGGAAGUGUGGCGCUCAAAUCGGAAGCGUAACACUCAAAAUGGAGCACAUUCAGCUUCCGAAAAAAGUUCGCAAACUGGAACACUUACUUCCGUGUUUGCAGUGUUUGAGUACCAAGGCGUUUGAAAACCAAGGUACCACUGUAAAGAGUUAAAAUUGACUUGUUUGGUGUGGUUUUCUGCUGGCUUGUUCCUGUCACAAGGAUAAGCAGCAGAAGUAGGCAGGGCAAUGGGUUUGGCUCUUAAAUCUUGUGUAGUUGGCCCCAUUCCAGCCACACAAAAGUUGUCUCCCCACCCCACCCCCCUACCCCACUUCUCCACCCCCUAUCUAAGCAAGCAAGGGACACACGUUACAGCGAGGCAGAAGUACUUGGGGACACUGAGCAGGGCUUGAGAGAUAAGGAUUGCCUGGGAGAAAUCCUGAGGCGCUCCUCUGCGCAAGAGUUAGUUGGAUGCAACCCAUUCCAGCCAGGCAAAAAUAUUAGGGUUAUGGGGUGUGGCUGUGAGAUAGGUUGUGUGGCCCCGGGGAAACUUCGGAGGGCCAGAAAGAGAGGCCUAGAGGACUUGAGAUUCCCCACCCAUGUUCUACUGCAUGUCUUGUGUUACAGUGGUACCUCAGGUUAAGAACUUAAUUUGUUCCGGAGGUCCGUUCUUAACCUGAAACUGUUCUUAACCUGAGGUACCACUUUAGCUAAUGGGGCCUCCCGCUGCCGCCGCACCACCACCACGCGAUUUCUGUUCUCAUCCUGAAGCAAAGUUCUUAAUCCAAAGUACUAUUUCUGGGUUAGCGGAGUCUGUAACCUGAAGUGUCUGUAACCCAAGGUACCACUGUACUCGGUUCCAGAAUCAUUUCCUGGUUUUAUAUGCGUACAGUCGUACCUCAUGUUACAUUUGCCUCAGGUUGCACGUUUUCAGGUUGCGUCCUGCGGUGACCCAGAAGUAUCAGAAAGGGUUACUUCCGGGUUUUGCCACUUGCACAUGCGCAGAUGCACAAAAUGACAUCACGCGCAUGCACAGAAGCAGCGAAUCGCGACCCGCGCGUGUGCAGACGUGGGUUGCGUUCUUUUCAGGUUGUGAACGAGCGUCUGGAACGGAUCCCAUUCGCAACCAGGGGUACCACUGUAAAUAAAAAAACAUGCAGUAGAAUUGACAAGCUGUAAGGUGUACAGAGGAGGGCAACCAAGAUGAGCAGGGUUCUAGAAACCAAACCUUAUGAGGAACGGUUGAGGGAGCUGCGUAUCUUUAGCCUGGAAAAAGAGGAGACUGAGAGGAGAUACGAUAGCCAUCUUCAAAUAUCUCAAGGGCUGUCACAUGGAAGAUGGAGCAAGCUUGUUUUCUCCUGCCCCAGAGGAUAGGACUCGAACCAUUCACUUCAAGUUACAAGAAAGGAGUUUCUGAAUAAAUAUCAGGAAGAACUUUCUGAUGGUAAGGCUGUUCGACCGUGGAACGGACUCCCUCAGAAAGUGAUAGGCCCUCUUUCCUUGGAGGUUUUUAAGCAGAGGUUGGAAUGGCUUUAGUUGAGAUUCCUGCAUUGCAGGGGGUUGGACUAGAUGACCCUCGGGUACCUUCCAACUCUACAUUUCUAUGAUUCCAUGAACUCUAGCCAUGUUCAUUAGCAUACCAGAAGUGCAAUAAACCUCCCAUUUUUGCUCCCUGUUUUGGAUGAGUAAAACAGAGGAACUGGCAAGCGCUUAAUAGGUGGCUAUUGGGCUAAGUUCAGCCUAGUAGGGAUAGGGAAAUUUGUGGUCCUCCAGAUGUUAGGGAAUGGGGAAAUUUGUGGUCCUCCAGAUGUUGUCUGGCUCUCACUCCCAACAGCCCUCAGCCAGGAUUGGUGAAUGUUCAGGGAUGAUGGAAGAUGUAGUUUGGCAACAUCUGUAGGGCCACAGGUCCCCUAUGUCUGGCCUGCUGGUUCCUUCCUAGGUUUCCAAGGAGAGAAGUAAACAAAAACAGAAGCGAUUACCAAACUGGAAACGACAAACCCAACAAAAGAAAAUCACAUAAUUCUGGACACCGUUAGAGCAUAAUCAGAUUGCUGGCUGUCUUUCAACGAAGAGUGGCAGUUUCGUAUCAAAUGGCAAAUAGCUUUUCUAUUAACUUACAUAAGCAAAGAAAUCGCACACGAUGACUUGAUUUGGGUGCGUGUGUGUUGUGUUUCUCUCCCCCUCCCUUGCUUAAUUUUGCAGUGAUGAACCGGGAAUUUAAUUUGGUGACGUUAAUUUAAUUUAGCUGCCGUGCUCUCUUUUCCUGUUCAAGAACUUGCUUUUGGGAAGUAUAUGGUGCUGAACGAAAUCCAUGGAAAUGUUCCAUAUUAGUUCUGAAGACGAUAUGCCAUGAGGGAAAGCAGGGGGAACUCUUUUAUCUCUGAUCAUUAUUAUUUUUCCUUUGACGAUCCUCCAACAUUUAUUGGUCAUCGUGGGUGGGUUAAGAGCUGUGCUCACACUGCACUGGUUUCGUGCUUGCUUCAUCUGUGAAAGGAACAGAUUUAAAGAGGCAACUCCUGCAAGAGAAAGUUGGCCCAGUUUUGCUAACUGGGAAACCCAGCCAGAUGGGUGAGGUAUAAAUAAUAAAUUAUUAUUAUUAUUAUCAUUAUUAUCCACCCAUUCACAAUCUUGACUGCUAGCAUUAACAUAACUGGCAAGAGGCUCUUCCGGCAUCUUGAUGAUAAACUGCACCAUAGCAUUCAGAUCAUGAUGCCAAAGUUAAACAUAACCAACGCUUAUAGGCUCAUUUGCAACGUGGGAAUCAAAAUGCAUUUAUUAUUUGCAGUUAUAUCCUGCUCUGCGUCAAAUUUCAUUAUGCCCGAGUGGAUUACCAGAAAAAGAAGAUACAAGCGCAUUUUAAACUCUCCCCUUUCGGGCUCCAGGAGGAGCACGGGGAGCGUUCGCAUGACACAACUACACACUGCAACCCACACACUAGCGUGUCGCGACACACAGUUUGGAAAGCUCAGUUAUAAAUCAUAAUACUUGUGUCUUGUGAAAUAAUGAUGGUGGCAGUCAUUAAUUUCCCUAGGGCAGAACCCACCCCAAGUAAACUAGCCUUGGGUCCCGUUGGCUUCCUAGAGAGAGAGAUUUCAGCACCUGUUUCACCGUCCUUUUGACAUCAGCCACAUCCACGCCACAGGGAUGUGGGUGGCGCUGUGGUCUAAACCACUGAGCCUCUUGGGCUUGCCGAUCAGAAGGUUGGCAGUUCGAAUCCCCACAACGGAGUGAGCUCCCGUUGCUCUGUCCCAGCCCCUGCCAACCUAGCAGUUCGAAAGCAUACCAGCGCAAGUAGAUAAAUAGGUACAGCUGUGUCGGGAAGGUAAAUGGCGUUUCUAUGCACUAUGGUUUCUGUCACAGUGUUCCGUUGCGCCAGAAGCGGUUUAGUCAUGCUGGCCACAUGACCAGGAAGUUGACUGUGGACAAACGCCGGCUCCCUCGGCCUGAAAGCGAGAUGAGUGCCACAACCCUAUUGUCACCUUUGACUGGACUUAACUGUCCAGGGGUCCUUUACUUUACAUCCAUGCCAUAUAUUUAAAGCACUUUCAACACACAUUUAAAAGCACAUGCUACCCCCCCCAAAGACUCAUGGGAACUGUAGUUUGUUAAGCGUUCGGGCAAUUGUAGUUCUGUGGUGGGAUAAACCAUAGUUCUUAGGAUUCUUGCGGGGGGGAGAGGGGAGCCGUGUGUUUUAAAGGUACGAUGUGGAUGCGAACCUAGAGCUGCUUCCUGAUUCGAAGAUAGUAGGUGACAUUUUCGUAUUGUAUUAAAUAAAUAAAUAAAACCAGAGCGUCCAAAACCAAGGAGUUAAAAGUGGUCUGGGCAUUAAGCCCAGAUGUGCAACAUUCCAAACAUGGAAGGAAGUAGCAAGGGAAAUGAAGAAAAGAAAAGCCUUUGACAGAGAUUGCAGAUAGCUUUGCUAAUGCAGAAGAGGAAAGCGGAGGAUUAGCAAGGUUCCUGGUGUUGCUGCGAAGUGCAAGGAAGGGAUGAAGGGAGGGUCCAGGGAAGCCUAUAGCCGCUGAGCCUGGCUUUAGCCAUAAGAAAUAUAAGGGAGGAAUGUUAAGAGAGGGCAUGUCAGGGCACCACCAUCCUAAAGUGCAGUCGUCACAAGAAGCAGAAGAAGUUGAAUGGAUUUCCUUCAGCUCUUGGGAAACGCUUCCCUCAAACAGUAGACAUACGGUAAUUCGCCAGGACUCUUCAAAGGCCUGUCCUGCAAAGAAAAAAAAACUGCACAGUUAUGGGAGGAUAUUUACUGGGGUGCAGUGGAGGUUGAAGCUUGCAGAAAGUCAGAUGCAGUUUUUCUUUUCUUUCCAAAGGUGGAGCAAUCCUAUACAAUUCUGUGCAUUGGGAACUGUCGAUUUCCUAGAGGCUUGCUCUCAGGUAGCUUGGGAAUAAGAUUGCGGCUUAAAAGGCAGAAAUGAACACUGCCAAAAUCUGCCGGCCUCUUGUUUCAGGUCAAGUAACCAGUGCAGGUGCCAAAGGUUAGGUUCCUAUAGAUGCCACCAGUGCUUUUUUUUCUAUUAAAAUAAAAUGUUUAGGGGUACUCUCAUCAGUGACAGAGCUCCAUGCUCUGGCACUGGGGGGGCAGAGAGCAGGUGGGGGCAGGGCUGGUGCGCGUCCUGGGGACGUGGCAUGUUGCCUGCGGGAGCGUGGCACCCACAGCGGGUGGGGGGGCAGCCGUGAUGGCACCCGAACCGGGAUCGCAUUGCCAGGGGCGGUGCGCUCCCCCCGCACUCCUCUUUCUCCACCAGUGACUCUCAUUUUGACUGAAGAAGAUCACCAUUUUAUAGUUCAAAUCAGGAAAAAUAAAUACAGUGGACGCUCGGGUUGCUCGCAUGCGCGGGUUGUGAUUCGGCACUUCUGCGCAUGCACAAAGCGUGAUUUAGUGCUUCUGCGCAUGCGCAACCCCCGAAACCUGGCAGUAACCCGUUCCGGUACUUUCAGGUUUUGGAGGGUCUGUAACCCGAAAAAACGCAACCUGAAGUGUCUGUAACCCGAGGUAUGACUGUACAGUAAAUGGACAAAGCCACAAAGAUUCACAAAAUGUUUAGGGGUAUUUGUCCCCCUGCAGACUGCAUUUUGCAGCACAGGAGACUGGAGGCCCAUUUGUUCUGCAUCCACAGAAGAGUUUGUUCCCCAUACUGUAUUGGUAUCUCCCAGGCUUCCUCAACCUGGUGCCCUCCAAACCCCCGGCAGCCCUACCCAGCACUCAUGGAAGUUGUAGUCCAAAAAAAAAACAAAAAAACACAUCUGCAGGGUGCCAGGUUGAGAAAGGCUGGGACAUGCCAGAAUCGUAUCUGCUUUCUGCUUCAGAGAUCUUUGAGACUGCAGUCCUAAAGACUUACCAGAGCCAUGGAUGGGGAACCUGUGGCCAGCUAGAUGGUGUUGGGCUACAGCUCUCAUCAUCUGUGCCCAUUGACAAUACUGGGUGUGGAUUAUGGGAGUUGUAGUCCAACAGAUAUCAUGUGGAGGACCCCAACUUACUCCUUGUACUGUAAGCCCCAGUGAAAACAGUAGAACAUGCAGAAGAUCGCUCUGCUAGGACACAAUCGUUUUUUUUAAAAAAAAACACACACAGAGAAUUGUCAAAGGAGCCCUGCAGCACAUAUUGUUGUUUAGUUGUUUAGUCAUGUCCAACUCUUUGUGACCCCAUGGACCAGAGCACGCCAGGCCCUCCUGUCUUCCACUGCCUCCCGCAGUUUGGUCAAACUCAUGCUGGUAGCUUCGAGAACACUGUCCAACCAUCUCGCCCUCUGUCGUCCCCUUCUCCUUGUGCCCUCAAUCUUUCCCAACAUCAGGGUCUUUUCCAGGGAGUCUUCUCUUCUCAUGAGGUGGCCAAAGUAUUGGAGCCUCAGCUUCAGGAUCUGUCCUUCCAGUGAGCAUUCAGGUCUGAUUUCCUUCAGAAUGGAGAGGUUUGAUCUUCUUGCAGUCCGUGGGACUCUCAAGAGUCUCCUCCAGCAGCACAUUUACCUGCAUACAAAUGGAGCAGGGUCUCUACUGUGAUGGCCCUAAAGCUAAGAGAGUUGGGCCACCCCAAAGAGUUUGCUUUCUCCCAGUCACAAUUUACUUGGGGAUUACAUUCCAAGGCACUAUGCAUCGGAGUGAAAUCGUGUAGAUUUGAAACGCCAUUGGAAAAGCCUGCAAACAACCCAUUUCACCGCUGCUCUGUUCCGCCCAUUUUUGGUGACGUUUUUCUGACGUUUGGGGGGUCGCUUCUGGGUUCGGCAUGGUAGCGUGUGCCUUGAACGUGCGUAAAUGGGGAGUUGCCUGUAUUGAAUUUGGACCUAUUUAGCUUCCAGUUGUUGUUGGACUAUCAAAUCCCAUAGCAUGGCCGGUGGUCAAGGAUUAUGGGAGUUGUGACCCAGCCACACCCGAAUGGCCACAGCGUCCCCAUCCAUAAUAAUAAUAAUAAUAAUAAUAAUAAUAAUAAUAAUAAUAAUUUUAUUUAUACCCUGCCCUCCCCAGCCAAGACCGGGCUCAGGGCGGCUAACACCAAAUAUAAAAAGAAUUGACUGAAAUACAGCUUAAAAAACAAGAUUAAAAUACAACAUUAAAACAUUAAAAUGCAGCCUCAUUUCAGUGGAAACUCAAUCAAAAACUUUUUGGGGGAUAAAAACGUCAAGUCUUCACCAAGGGUAACUAUCCAGACAGGUCCUGCAUGGGCCAGAAGAAAGCCAGGGAAGUCCCCAAAUAGGAGUUCCAACACAGAAGGAGAAAGGAAAAAAGAAAGAGAGGGAGGGAAUCAAAUUGAUUCCAAGCCAAAGGCCAGGCGGAACAACUCUGUCUUACAGGCCCUGUGGAAAGAAAUCAGAUCUUGCAGGGCCCUGGUCUCAUGAGACAGAGCGUUCCACCAAGCCGGAGCCAGUGUUGAAAAGGCCCUGGCUCUGGUUGAGGCUAAUCUGAAUUCCUUAGGGCCCGGGACCUCUAGGAUGUUGCUAUUUAUGGACCUUUAGGUCCUCCGCGGGGCAUAUUGGGAGAGGCGGUCCAGUAGGCCUUGGCCUACAAGUAUCUGGGGUGUUGUUGUUCUUUAUAUGCCCUGGGCUCUCUCCCAGCUGGGAGUUGGGUGCUUGCCUCUACAGCAUGUCCUCUUUAGGUGCCAGCCUUAGAUAGCGAGGUGCCCGGGCAAGGAGGACUCGGGGGUUUUCCAGCCCGGCAGCUAGCGACCAAGAAUAAUGAGAGUCAGUGCAUGCUUGGAUUGGCUCGGGUGUGUUGCUCCGUAACCAUGGGCUCCAGAUUGACACAGGUUUAAAAGGGCAUCGAAGCAACCCCGUGGCUUGGUUACAUAAAAGAGCUGAGCUGGGGGAAUAAUUGCACUGAAGUGUAAAUGGCCAGUGGGAAACGCCAGGCGCUGUUGUGAUUAUCUGGUUGUAGGAAGCAACCGGCGGAGAUUAAAAUGUUACAUAAGGGAGUGAGCAGCGUGAGUCAGGGGUUUUGGGAAGAGUGAGUCACAGCCAGAGGGAACGGAGCCAAGCAUGUAAAGAGAGGGAGAGAGAAAGAAAGAGAUCCUAAAGCGUGCUUUCUUCUUGGAAGCAAGUUCCAACAGAAUCCGUGGACUUUCUCUCAAGUCGGUGUGUUCUUAGGAUGGAGGUUCCAGCAAAGGGAUCCGAGGAGGUGGCAGAGAGCGAGCUUGGAAGGACGGGGGAGAGUUGGGGGGCACUGACAAGACUUUUUAAAAGCAGCUUGCUUCAAAGGAAGGGUCUUCCGAGAGCUCAAAGCCAGCUCACCCAGAAUUUCAGCACAGAAUGACGAGCGCCCUGCCAAAGUCAGCAACGGAAGGGGACAAAACAGUAUAAAUCACUUCGUGAGAGAGCGCUGGGUACAUUUUUGGCAAAUGAGAGGAAGUCGCUGGAGCGCAGCUAUUAGUGAAGCUGGUGGGAACAAGCGCGAGGCGGUGCAAGCCAACCUGUAUUCUGCCACAGUGCGCGGGGCGGGGGGCUGGAGUCGUUUCACACACACACCCCCAACUUGCAAAAGAAACACUUCUCGCAGUAUUUCUAUAUUAUCUCAUAAACCUCAGCAGGUUGCAAGGCAGUUUGGAGAAGGAUUUCUUAAUACAGUGGUACCUCGGGUUACAUACGCCUCAGGUUACAUACACUUCAGGUUACAGACUCUGCUAACCCAGAAAUAGUGCUUCAGGUUAAGAACUUUGCUUCAGGAUAAGAACAGAAAUCGGGCUCCGGCAGCGCGGCGGCAGCAGGAGGCCCCAUUAGCUAAAGUGGUGCUUCAGGUUAAGAACAGUUUCAGGUUAAGAACGGACCUCCGGAACGAAUUAAGUACUUAACCUGAGGUACCACUGUAGUAUUCAUAACCACACUGAAUUUAUAAGAACUGUUUCUAAAGGGGGGGUGUUUAAAGUCUUGGGGACCGCUGCAAAAAAAACCCCACUCAAAUUGCAAUGGAAUUUUAUGGCAAAGGGUUUGGAGGGGCGACGAGGCCUCUGGCUGUGAUUGGCUGAGUAGCCCUCAUAUUGCAGGGAAGCAGGACAAGCCACAUGGUCUCUGGAUGCCCCUGGCUGCGCUGCUCAGAUUUUACAGGGAAGGACUGUGGCUUACUGGCAGAGUACCCAUCUUGCAUUCAGAAGGUCCCGGGUUCAAUCCUUCCCAGUUGAGGCUGGGAAAAAUCCCUUGUCUGAAACCUUGGCGGGCUGCUGGCUUUAUUGAGCUAGAUGGAACAAUGGUGUGACUCAGCUAAAGGCAAUUUCCUGUGUUCCUACAGAAGGACCAGUUGUCUCCCUUCCUACCAUAGGAUCUUAAAGCAGAGGCCCCGAGGGCCACGUUUAAUAAUAAUAAUAAUAAUAAUAAUAAUAAUAAUAUUUCUCAUAGACAGCCUUCUGGGGCCGCAUUGCCAGAGGCAAAAGUUGAUAAAGUGACAGUUGUGAUUCUGACCUUUGUGUGGUCAAAGUCUUCUUCUACAGAGACCCACAAGCUCUGCUUACAACACAUGCAGACGAACACUGCCAGUACACAAUGCAGUACAGUGGUACCUCGGGUUACAUACGCUUCAGGUUACAGACUCCGCUAACCCAGAAAUAGUACCUCGGGUUAUGAACUUUACCUCAGGAUGAGAACAGAAAUCGGGCUCCGGCAGCGCAGCGGCAGCAGGAGGCCCCAUUAGCUAAAGUGGUGCUUCAGGUUAAGAACAGUUUCAGGUUAAGAACGGACCUCCGGAACGAAUUAAGUACUUAACCCGAGGUACCACUGUACACAAGCAUUCAUUUGCCAGACAGAUCUUUGCAACUCAACUCUCUUUCGACACAGACAUCAUACAGGUCUUUGCAAGAUGCUAGCUGUCCAUAUAAUAAACAUGCACGCACACAAGCACACUGGUCGCAAUGACAGGCAUUUUGUGAGUUAAUGCAAAGUUUGCAUUCCACCUGCCUGUCUUCUUCUGUGUACUUUUCCAGCAGCGAGCCAGCUUUUAGGAACUGAUAACAGCCAUCAAUUCAAGGACUGAGUCAGGGCGGAGGAAAGUUUCUUUUGAGCUGUCAUAUAGAAAGGAAGCAUGUAGGAAAAUAUUUGGGCAUUCGAAGAGUGUGCGUGUGUGUGUCGGGGGAGCAAGCCUGAAGAAUAGAGUCAAAACAGUCCAUUCUAUUUGUGAUCUGGCUUUUUGUGUGUGUGGUGGUGGUGGGGGGGUCAAGUUUGUUUUCAUUUUGCAUGAGAAAGAAUCCAUCUUUUCUUUUCCAUGUCCCCACCCGGAAUAUGCCACUGGUCCCCAGUUCCUGAACAAACACCGAGAGUUCAAGUGGGAUUUGUAAACUAGUUUCAAGGAAUUUGUUUAUUCAGCUUAGAGACUUCCAGUUGGUGCCGAGUGCCAGAAGAAACUGCUGUCAAACUGCGCUGCAUCGGAUUAUAAAAGGCAUAAAUCUGGGAAGCCACACACAAACCCAGUACAGUGAUGCAGUGUGCUGAAUCUUCUACUGGGGUUGAGGGGGGGAGAGAGAGAGAGAGAAUUGCAAGCCAUUAAGAAUGUAAGAAUAUCAGAAGAGUCCUGCUUGAUGAAGUCAACAGCCAGAUGGGUGGGGUACAAAUAAAUUAUGAUGAUGAUGAUGAUGAUGAUGAUGAUGUCCAGCAUCCUCAUGGCCAGCCAGAUGCCUCUGGGAAGCUCACAAGCUGGAUUUGAUCCCAAGAGCAUUCACUCCUGCCUCCAUCAGGCAGCCAUUGUGACUAGUAACCACAGAGAGCCUUAAAGGUAAAAGGUAAAGGGACCCCUGGACCAGUCGUGGCCGACUCUGGGGUUGCGGCGCUCAUCUCACUUUAUUGGCCGAGGGAGCCGCAUACAGCUUCCAGGUCAUGUGGCCAGCAUGACUAAGCCGCUUCUGGCGAACCAGAGCAGCACACGGAAAUGCCGUUUACCUUCCUGCCGGAGUGGUACCUAUUUAUCUACUUGCACUUUGACGUGCUUUCGAACUGCUAGGUUGGCAGGAGCAGGGACCGAGCAACAGGAGCUCACCCCGUCACGGGGGUUUGAACCGCCAACCUUCUGAUCAGCAAGUCCUAGGCUCUGUGGUUUAACGCACAGCACCCCCCCCGUGUCCCUACUGAGAGCCUUAUCCCUCCAUGAAUUAGUCCAAUCCUCUCUGAAAGUCACCCAAGUUGGUGACCAUCACUGCUUCUUCUGGGAACGUAUUUCAAAGUUCCAACUAUGCACAAAGAAGUGCUUUCUUUUAUCUGUCCUGAUAGGCCACUGUGGGAAGGAGAGUGCCACACCAGAUGGGCCUGCGGUCAACUUUUCCCUUUUCUUGUGAGGAAUCCUAUUCGGAAUAAGGGAAUUUCCCUUUAAAAAAGGGAAACUUUGACAGCUAUGGUCUGAUCCCGCAGGGAUCUCCUUGUGGCUUGAUCACAUCAGUUUGUAGAAAGGCAGGUGCUUAUCCAAACAUUACAGCCUGAGACUUCACAGAUGGAAUUGCAAGGCAAUGAAGGUGAAGGAGAGGUUGAAGGACCCUGUGUGAGAGGCAGAGAAGGGGAGACCUCAAAGGGUGAGAGGAAUUAUCUGUAUGGGAUAAAAGUUAAGAUGAUGGUGAUGAUAAUAAUAAUCAUAAUAAGUUAUACUCCGCCCAUCUGGCUGGGUUUCCCCAGCCACUCUGAACGGCUUCCAACUGAAUAUUAAAAACAAUACAGCGUCAGACAUUAAAAACUUCCCUAAACAGGGCCAGUUGUCUUUUAAAAGUAAAAUAGUUGUUUAUUGCCUUGACAUCUGCUGGGAGGGCGUUCCACAGGGUGGGCACCACUACCAAGAAGGCCCUCUGUCUGGUUCCCUGUAACCUCACUUUUCGCAGCGAGGGAACCACCAGAAGGCCCUCGGCGCUGGACCUCAGUGUCCGGGCUGAACAAUGGGGAUGGAGAAGCUCUUUCAGGUAUUCGAGACCGAGGCCGUUUAGGGCUUUAAAGGUCAGCACCAACACCUUGAAUUGUGCUCGGAAACGUACUCGGCGCCAAUGAAGAUAUUUCAGGACCGGUGUGAUACGGUCUCGGCAGCCAUUCCCAGUCACCAGUCUAGCUGCCGCAUUCUGGAUUAAUUGCAGUUUCCGGGUCACCUUCAAAGGUAGCCCCAUGUAGAGUGCAUUGCAGUAGUCCAAGCGGGAGAUAACUAGAGCAUGCAGCACUCUGGCGAGACAGUCUGCGGGCAGAUAGGGUCUCAGCCUGCGUACCAGAUAGAGCUGGUAGACAGUCGCCCUGGACACAGAAUUAACCUGCAACUCCAUGGACAGCUGUGAGUCCAAAAUGACUCCCAGGCUGCGCACCUGGUCCUUCAGGGGCACAGUUACCCCAUUCAGGACCAGGGAGUACUCCACACCAGCCCGCCCUCUGUCCCCCAAGAACAGUACUUUUGUCUUGUCAGGAUUCAACCUCAAUCUGUUAGCUGCCAUCCAUCUUCCAACCGCCUCCCUACACUCACACAGAUAUAGCAGUGAGAGAGAAUGGUGUUGUUCUCUUUUCUUUUUAGUUUCCUUUUUUAUUAUUUCUUGUAGAUUAGCCUGUUUGUUUUCCUUUUAUUGUAUCGCGAGAAUCUCAAUAAAACUUUGCAGCAAACAGUACAGCCUGGGAUCCAGGAACAGGGAAGCAAUAGUCAGAGAAUCAUAGAGCUAGAAAGGGCCUUGGAAGUCAUCUAAUCUGACUUCCUUCUCCAUGUAGGAUCUGUGCAGCAGGAUGUAACCAUGGCAUCCUUGGCACUGGCUGCGUAUCCUUCAGCAGCGGAGAGGCCAAAUAUGUGUCCAAGGUGGUCUGUUUGAUUGUUUCACUUCUCUUACCCUUAGGAAUUUCCUAAUGUUUAGCCAAAAUCUACUUUCCUCUCUUUGGCUCUAAUCCUGCCUUCUGGAGCAGUGGAGAACAAGUCCUUCGGGUAUUUGAAGGCCCCUCGGACGCGGGUGGCGCUGUGAGUUAAACUACAGAGCCUAGGACUUGCCGAUCAGAAGGUUGGCGGUUCGAAUCCCCGUGACAGGGUGAGCUCCCGUUGCUCGGUCCCUGCUCCUGCCAACCUAGCAGUUCGAAAGCACGUCAAAGUGCAAGUAGAUAAAUAGGUACCACUCCAGCGGGAAGGUAAACGGCAUUUCUGUGCGCUGCUCUGGUUCACCAGAAGCGGCUUAAUCAUGCUGGCCACAUGAACCAGAAGCUGUACGCCGGCUCCCUCGGCCAAUAAAGCGAGAUGAGCGCCACAACCCCAGAGUCGGUCACGACUGGAUCUAAUGGUCAGGGGUCCCUUUACCUUUACCUUAGCAUGUCCCCUCUUAAUAUUCGCUUCUCCAAGCUGAUUGUACGGUUCCAUCAACACGAGAAUCCAUCCUUGAAUAUGGGAUUCAGCUGCCUUUUACUUUCUCCCAAGGUUCUGGAGACGAACAGAAAAGUUAGGACUGCACCUCCAAAGUCCCUAAAGUCCAUGCUGUCGUUUUUGUUUCUUUGCUUUCAAAAGAUAUUGACGAAUGUGCGACAGGCGCCCACAACUGUAGGGUAGAUCAGAUAUGCGUCAACUUAAGAGGAUCGUUCAGCUGCCAGUGCACAGCCGGGUAUCAGAGGCGAGGGGACCAAUGUGUCGGUAAGUACUGUGGAGAAGCAAGAUGUUCUUUGGCAGUAAAGUUUAAGGGCCUUUCUCCCUAACUAGUUGUGGGGGUUUUUUUACAGGUGUAUUCUGCAACAGGCCACUGAUGCAGAUAGUACAGUGGUGGUAGAUUUAUACUGGACUGCCCACACAUCAUUCCUCUUUAUAAGUUCUUCUGCAAUGUUUCCCCAUUGUUAAAUACAUGAAUCUUGUAUUUGUGGGUUUCCUUAUUAACCUCCAUGUGAUUGGAGCUAGGUUUUAGGGUUAACUCCAUCCCUCCUGGCUCUUUCUCUCUCUCUGAUUCAACAUCUAUUGGCAGUCAUUCCAGUUGGUUACAACUGAAGGAUGGGAGAGACACUCCAUUGACUCGACUGUCAUUUGGCUCCUCUCUGAGCUGUCUAGUCCAGCUGGCCAUUUUAAGAAGUGUUAAGUAGCUCUAGGAAUUGGUGCCUGGGCUCAUGUUUUCCUCUUCCCUUGCCAUCCCAUUUUCCUUUUGUGUUAUACCUACUAAACUGCAAGCCUGUAAGCAGAGUUGCUUCUGCUUCAAAUCUUCAUGCAGUGGCUAGAAAAUUAUAGGAGCUGUAUAAAUGAUGACAAAUCAUCAUCUUAGCAUAGGGUUACCAGAUGUCCCUGGUUCCCGGGGACAGUCCCUGGAUUUACAAAUCUGUCCCCGGACAAAUUCUGUCCCCGGAAUGUCCCCAGAUUUGCAAAUCUGUCCCCGGGAAACAUGGCAGCGGCAGCUUCAGCAGCCCGGAGCCAGCCUGGUAGUGCAGUUGACUCUGGCUGGCUUCAGGAGCUGCUCGCUGCUCGGGUGCAGGACAAAUGGCAGGUGCCAUGGCAGCUGCCCGCCUGUGACUCCAGAGCCUCCCCUAAUCUGUCAAAACAAAGGGGGAAAGGGGAAGGAGAUCAGGGAAGGCUCAGGAGUCACAGGUGGAUGGCGCGCCAUUGCCCAGUUUUUUAAAAAACUGCGCAUUUAUGUUUCACAGGGUGUGAAAGAAGGGCUUUGCACCUUUAUACAAUAUGCAUGUGUGCUUGGGCCCAGGGUCUUUUGCCUCACCAUCCCCACUACUGACUCCCUGUUGCUACUCAGCUUCAAAAAAAAAAAAAAAGGGUCCCCGGAUUCAUUGAAAAAAAAAUCUGAUAACCAUAUCUUAGCGCCUUUAUUCUUGUCAGAGUAAAGCCAUGGUGGCAAUGUGAGUUUUUUUAACUCCAUUUUUUUGUUUUUGUUUAUUUUUUUAAAUGCUGCGCUUUUAUGGCAACCCAGACAUAGAUGAAUGCGCACGCCUUUCGUUUUGCCAUCAUCGGUGCGUGAAUACUCCCAGUAGCUACUACUGCCAAUGCAACGCUGGUUUUCAGUUAGCAGCCGACAACCACACGUGCGCAGGUAAGACUCGAGGGGGAAAUUGGCAGAUCUGGACUUAGAAGAAGAGGCUUCCCCACUGUCAGAACAGACAGUCCCAUCCUGUAGAGCAGAGACAUCCAACAUGGGAGCCUUCAGAUGGUGCCGAACUAUAACUCCCAUCAUCCCUGACAGGAGUUGUAGUCCAACAGCAUCGAAAGGGCACCACGUUGUCUACCUCCGAUUGGGUUUCUGUUAAUAACUUUGUGAGAGCUUGUGGUCAGAAUUGCCAAUCAAAUCCAGGAACUCGGUCACCAAAAUAGAGAGUUUUCUCAGUACAUGGUUUCUGUUUCUUCUCUUUUCUAGAAUCUUCCCUGGAAAGCUGUGCCCAGAGCAGUUUAAAAUGCUUGACCCUGUCAUGACAGUGUUGAACUAAGAUGGUUUUUAGCCUGUUUUGUGUUGGUUGAUUAAUUUGUUUUUCUGUUGUGGUAUUCUUCUCAAGCCAGCGGAGUUUGCUUAAUCAUUGUUGGUUUCAUGCAAGGAAGGGGAAGAACCUGUGGCCCUCCAAAGGCUGAUGGGUGGGUUCCCGCUCCCCUCACCUCUGGUCAUUGGCCAUUGCUAGUCCAGCAACAUCUAGAGGGCCGCAGGUUCCCCAACCGCUGCAUUUGCUAUUUCUGAAACCUAGGAGUGUAACCUUUUUAAAGGCAUUUUGAUCAAUAAACCUUGAUGUUUUGUUGAAGUAAGGGUAGCGAAACCGCAGCUAAGAAACUCAAAACGGAUAUAUGACUGACACCCUUCUAUGGAGAUUAAACCAAUGUCCAGACUUUAACAUUCAAAAGCUUGCAGAAACUUGUAGCUAGAGAUGAAUUAAAACAUAAUAUUUAUAGUCACAUGCUUCUUCAAGCAUUAUAGUCUCUUCUUCUAACUUCCAAACAACUGUGUUUUCCUCUCUUUUCGGAGCACAGCACUUUCAGCCUUCUGUAUCUCAGUUAGGCCAUGUCUUGCAGCUCCUAUAAGGGAUUUCCACUUUUUCCUUCUCCUGCAGCUUUGCUCUCUGUCUUUCAAGCAGAGAAGAAGCACUCCAACGCUCUAUUCAACUUAGCAGUGUUCACAGUGGAUUCUAAAGCAUCUUGCAUCAUAUAAAAUGGAGUAUCUCCUUCAAUAGAUAUCUCCCAUGUGAACAUUGUUAGCCAAUCACAUGAGAACUACUAGAGAACACUCUAGAAUUCAGUUACCAACCAAUCAAAUUUAAACACAUAGUAAUGCAUACAAGCAUUUAUAAUUUCAGUGAAUUAAAUUACUAUACCUAGCAGUUUUCUGGUGAAUUAGUCUAUCGAUUACAUUUGCACGUGGCUUAACACAGUAUUUCUAAAGUAAGAAGUACAUCUUCUCUCUUCCUACACGAUCUGCAGAACAGUUACAGCAGACAAAGUCUUAUAAAAUGCAUUCCUUUUUGUGUUUCUUUUAAGAUGCUGUUUGCCAUCUGCGUUUAUAAGCGCUUGUAUUAAAAGUUUAUAGGGACACUUUUUCAGCUGAUUAAGAAAGUUUUAUCAAUUAAUCUCAGGGGCAAGGAACCUUCUUCAGCCUUUGGGCCACAUUUUCUCAUAGGCAAUCCUCCAGCCAUCCUUUUAAAUUUGCAGUUUUCUGAAUUUUGCAAUGCAGUUCUUCAGCCAAAUACUGUGUACAUUAAAAUGUAUAUGUUAGUGAAAUGAAUAUGCAAAAAUACAUUGUGUUGGAGGAAAUUGGUUUGCAGGAUGUGUAUAUUGGGGAGGAAUGCAGAGAAAUAAAUUUAUUUGGGGAGGGGAUUCACAGUAAAAAGCUACUUAAAAAUGCAAAAUGAUGUGGCAGACUGAACUUAAGAAUCGAAAAACGAGACACAAAUGUUGGAGAGUUAGUGAUCUGGGGAAGAAGCUUUACACUCAGGAGGAAAUCUGUACCUACUAGAAGUUACACUCUGUAGUAGGUGGUAGGCAGUAGGUAGUAAAAAGUUAAUAAUGCAAAACAGGGUUCGCUACGGGGUCACAUACCUAAACUUUACAUUUGAAAUUCCGGCAAGUUUUUUACAUUUCUGUGCCCUCUGAUAAUUCUCUUAAGAUGGAUAUAAAACGGACCCCCCAACAUUGCACUGAGGAGAAAUAAAUCUCACCAUUUUGCAAUGCGGUUGCUGCCCCUGAGCACUGCAAAAUGAUCUACUGGUCUCAAAGGCUCAUGUCAUAAACGAAGUGGAAUUUUAAAAGAACAGGUCUCCAGGGUAAUAAACAGCUCCAGAUAAAUCUUAAACUGCCUGCAUGCUGAGAAGCUUUAUCAGUAUAUGUUUCUUAUAGCAAUUAUUUAUAGACCUACCCCUCACCAAAAAUUGUAUAGGGGGUGAGGGGGGCAAGUGGGGAAGAUGCUGGAAUCCAGCAUUUAAAAACCACAAUAGGAUUUCCGGAAAAGUUUGCUACAUGCUAAAAUGCCACCAACAUUUCCUAAGAGAAAUGAAGAAUAAUUCUCACAGGCCUAACAAGUGUGAUUGAUAGAGGGCGACACAUAUCCCGACCCAAUUUUGAGAGGAGAGAGGAAUUCUCCAUUCAGCUUUGGCCUCCAUGCCAACUUGUCUCUGCUUUCCCCUUCCCUGGGAAUUAUGUUAUCCAUGAAGCAGUCAAGAAGACAGUACUGUAAGACAGUGUUUUUCAACUUUGGGGGCCCCGAUGUUAUUGGACUACAACUCCCAUCAUCCUCGACCAUUGGCUAAGCUAGCCAAUGGGACAACAUACUGAUUGUUGGCAUCCCUGUCUCAAGAGACAAUUGGGUGUGCAUCAGGGCACAAGCCUAGGCAGUGUGUAUGGAGGUCCUGGGCUGCCAAGACAACGUGAAACCCCUCUCAGCCUCCCUGAUCUGGGCCAAAAAAACACAGAGCAAUAUGUUUGGCACCAGCUUGGCUGCAGGAGUUGCCAGAAGGAGGCGUGCAAGGCACCAUCCAGCCAACUUAGGGACUCCGGUUUUGUAUAGGUUUUGCUCCUUAGCCUUUUCUUCUCCUGAAGAUGUCCCACAAGGCAGCAGAGGUUUAGGAUCAGAGUUUUCCUUCUCCUAGAUGGGCUAUCUUCUUAGGUUGACAAGUCCCAUCUGUGCCUCACUUCCCUCUACAACAUGUGCAGAAACCGCCUUCUUGACUGUUGAACCCACUCUUGGUCUCAUCCGGUCAAUCUGCCCUAGCCUGUCUUCACAUACAGAGGAUGUCGCUAACUCUCACCUGGUUUAGCCAGCCAGUCAAAGCCGUUUCCUGGGGUGUGGCCACUGUCACAUGCUGACAACUUCUAGGAGCUGCAGAACUGCCCCAGAAGGAGCAUGACAGAUUCCCCACCAGAGGAACUGAAAUAGAAAUACUUUAUUGUCACUGUACCACUUGUUUACAGUGAGAUUAAAUGAGCCCCCCACAAUCUCUCAGUCCUUGUUACACACUGUGUGUUGUCGUACGACCACCAACCCCGAACGUCAGCUGCAAUGUUGCUGUCUUCCAUUCAGCAGCCUCACAGCCCACGGGUAGAAACUGUUCUUUAACCUGUUGGUGAGGCUUAUCAUGCUUCUCGGGCAGGAGAUUAAAAAGGUGCUGGCCAGGGUGUGAGUCAUCCCUGAGAAUGUUCCUCGCUCUUCUGAGGCAACAGUCUCCUGAGAUAACAUCUAGCGGACUCAGGGGACAGCCCAUGAUAUUGUGUGCUAUCUUCACCACCCUCUGUAGGGACUUUCUGUCCAUGGCUGUCAAACCAGCAUACCAGACAGUAUGAAAGAACACUUUCUGGUGCCCUCCUCUAGGACAAGGCACACCAAAGGUGAUAUCCCGUUCUGCCCAUCUGGACUUGCACCAUGGAACUUCCCCUUCUUCCCCUUCCCCUUGCAGUCCUCUGCGUGUCCCUCAAAUCUACAGCAUGGGAGCUCUAGAAGGGAAGAGAGCAAAGGGAACUCUGUUCAUGUAACACAGGACAUCGCCCUGAGUUAAGCCAAGUGCAGGUUGUGACUCUCCCAGAAGUCUCAGGUUCUGUCCUGGUGAGAUACAGUAAGGAGCAGUUGACUCGUAUAGCACCUUCAAAGGAUGGUGUGAGUACAAAGUUCUACUGGACUAUGAGCCUAUAGUUUUUACUUCCAGCAUCUUGAGGUGGGGCUGGGAAAGACCCCUGAGCUAAAUGGACCAAUGGUCUGACUCAGUAUCAGGCAGCUUCCUCAUCUCCCAAACUGUUUCUUCAUCAACAACAAUUAAGCAUACACAGGUCAAGAACCUGUCUCCUGACUUGGAUAGGGUUUGAUGGGGAUAUUACUGGAGCCAUUUCCUCAUGAUAGGAGUCCUUACCUGCUUACAUUCCUGGUCUCAGACAGUUAGGGACAGCUUCUGCUUUGCUACUCCAUCUCUCCAUCUACCCAUGUUCCCUUUUGUCUAAAACAUGGGUAGGCAAACUAAGGCCCAGGGGCCGAAUCCAGCCCAAUCGCCUUCUCAAUCCGACCGGCGGACGUUCCGGGAAUCAGUGUGUUUUUACAUGAGUAGAAUGUGUCCUUUUAUUUAAAAUGCAUCCCUGGGUUAUUUGUGAGGCCUGCCUGAUGUUUUUACAUUAGAAUAUGUGCUUUUAUUUAAAAUGCAUCUUUGGGUUAUUUGUGGGGCAUAGGAAUUCGUUCAUUUUAUUUUGUUCAAAAUAUAGUCCAGCCCCCCACAAGGUCGGAGGGACAGUGGACCGGCAACCUGCUGAAAAAGUUUGCAGACCCCUGGUCUAAAAGUUGUGGGGAACUGAAUUUUGCAGCAGUGUCCAUGCCUAGUUAUCUGCGGGUAAUUCUUACUCACAGGGGUGAGGGCGAAAUUGAGAAGAGGAUGCUAAAGUAGCUGAGUCAUUGACCUGACUCAACAAGGCUCUUUUUGUGGGUCUUAUGUGACUGACUGAAUUGAGUUAUCUUCUGGCUCACAGGAGUUGUGUUGAUGUUGUGGUCUGCCAUUCUUUCAAACUUGUGGAACCUGGCAGACAAAUCUAACAACAGGUGUUUCGUUCUUAUUAAAUUCAUCCUCCACUAAUCAAGAAAAUGUUCUGGACAACCAGGCCUGGUGCUAGGACCAUAAAAACAAACCUAUUAAAAGUAGAAACAGCAACUUCGACAAAACAAAUACAGCCAUGUUAGUCAUCGCUAUUAAAAUAUACAGAGCAAUUGUUGGUUACAAGAAAUGAGCCAUCUGUGAAGCAAAGAGGGAUGGGACCACAGCAAAAUCGAUCACUUAAAAAAAACAAAAAACCCUGAAUAAAAAUGGUCUGAAACACAUUCCUUCAAAAAGUCAGCCAGUUUGGAUGCAAGAUUCUACUCAAAUCAUAGGUUGUAGGUAAUAGGUGUGUCGUGCUGUGUUUUAAUUAGGGAUGGGGGAGAGUCCAUUCAGUUCACAUUAGAAGGUGAACCUACCUAACUGGCACAUUCCAAAACAAUACGUAAACUGAAACACAGCCAGGUUUUGAAAUUUGCACUUCUCCGAAUUUUGCAAUGCUGUUCUCCAGCCAAGUAAAAGGCAUGUAAAAAUGUACAUACUAAGGUAAGGUGUACAUAUAAAUGCAUAUAUUCGAACAACAUAUAGAAAUCAAUUAUGUUAGGGUACAUAACUGCGAGAACGUGUAUAGAAGACAAAAUUGCAUGCAAAUAUGUGUAUAUUAUGAUAAAUUUGUACUGAAAUGCUGAUGAAUUUUCAUGAAGGCUUUAUAUUAAAAAAAACUGAUAUAGAGAACAGAACUUAAAAUUGGAGAAAAAUUAGAAACUAAGACAAACCCAAAUUGUCAGAUUCACCCAUCCCUCUUUUUUUUAUUUAGUAUUUUUUAGAAAGACGGUAUCCUAGCUGUUAAGGUGGUGGGUCUUAUUUAUAUAAAAAUAGUGGUGUCUCAUCACAUGGGACAACAACGCAUAGUUCAAAGGGUUCCCAAUUUUAGCCAAAGCUGUGCCAAAGGUUAUCAAAAGAGAAGUUUUGGCUGAUUUAGAAUGGGGUUGAUUUUGAAAGAGAAUGGAAUGUUGUCUUUUCAUCUUCUGGGGUGUGGUAGGCAUUGGAGAGGCGUGGAACACUCAUCAGCGCUCUCUUCACCUGAGGACUGCCAUUUUAAUGUCUAAGAAUGCUACUCCCCAUGCACCCCAACAUAGUAUUGUUCCAGGAAUUCCUUGGAAAAGAAAAAUGGUGGCUGCCAGCUCAGCUGGAGAAGUACCAAUGAAUUUUGUGCAUAAUAAUAAUAAUAAUACAAUAAUUUAUUAUUUGUACCCUGCCCAUCUGGCUGGGUUUCCCCAGCCACUCUGGGCCGCUUCCAACAGAAUAUUAAAAACACAAUAAAACAUCAAACAUUAAAAGCUUCCCUAAACAGGGCUGCCUUCAAUUAUCUUCUAAAAGUCAGAUAGUUGUUUAUUUCCUUGACAUCUGGUGGGAGGGUGUUCCACAGGGCGGGCGCCACUACCGAGAAGGGCCUCUGUCUGGUUUCUUGUAACUUCACUUCUCGCAGGGAGGGAACCGCCAGAAGGCCAUUGGAGCUGGACCUCAGGGUCCGGGCAGAAUGAUGGGGGCGGAGACGCUCCUUCAGGUAUACUGGGCCGAGGCCUCCAUUUUCAGAUUUCAACUUUGAAGUCCCAACAAUAAACAACAACAACAACAACAACAACAACAACACAUUGUAAUAUCAGAGUUUAAGCACGUGCAUAAGCCAUUGCUAUGGAAAUCAAUGAGAACCUAACUUGAUCCUGCCUGUCACUUUAAUGGUCCUCCUAUCUAGGGACAAUGUCGUAUGUUAUUAUCGCUCCCUUACCCCUGCUGUGAUUUCCAUCAGGUAGGGGACCUUUUGCAUUCUGGGGGCAGGUUUGCUUCAUGGGCACCCUUUCAGAGACCAUGUGCAAGGUGAAUAGUAUAUAAGGCUACAUUUCAGCCAUACAUAAGUUAGAGGAUUCUAUAGACAGCUCUUCCCAUCCAGGCAACUAGUGGAAGGCACAUUCCAGUGAGGCAAAAGCAUUCAAAGAGGGCAUGGAGGGGACAAUGAGGGUGUGGCCUGGAAAGAAGGGGCGUGGCCUGGGAGAUUCCUGAGUGUCUUAGAGGAGUACAUGUGACAGAUGAAAAUGAGGUCCCCCACUCCUGUUGUAGGGACGCAAGUGGUGCUGUGGGUUAAACCACAGAGCCUAGGACUUGCCGAUCAGAAGGUCGGCGGUUCGAAUCCCCAUGACGGGGUGAGCUCCCAUUGCUCAGUCCCAGCUCCUGCCCACUUAGCAGUUUGAAAGCACGUCAAAGUGCAAGUAGAUAAAUAGGUACCGCUCCAGCAGGAAGGUAAACGGCGUUUCCGUGCACUGCUCUGGUUCGCCAGAAGCAGCUUAGUCAUGCUGGCCACAUGACCCGGAAGCUGUACGCCAUCUCCCUCGGCCAAUAAAGCGAGUUGAGCGCCGCAACCCCAGAGUCGGCCACGACUGGACCUAAUGGUCAGGGGUCCCUUUACCUUUACUCCUGUUGUACAUGUUCAAUUAACUUUCACUGCUUAAAAAAAAACCUCAAAAGCCAGAAUACUUACUUUAGCACAGCUGCAUACUUUAGUAUUAAUUUGCAUAACAUGAUUUAUGACACUUGACUUCCAUUUCUCAUGGCGCAGGAAUUUGGAUAUUGUUUUUCCUUCCCCUGAAGCAUAAUACCAGACGUUCUCGAUAGAAAGCAAAAGACAAUGUAAAAUGGAUUUUGCAUUUAAUUUUGUGUGAUUUAAAGGCAGCCUCAAACCUUGUCAUAUCCUUGACAGUUCUAACUGCAUUACAGCAACCGCAGAAUCCACCGUACGUCUGAGCAAAUCAGAGCAGCUGUAGCUCAGUGUUAGGGUUGGUGCUGAACAAGCCUAGUGAAGGCAAGUUGUCAUAUUUAAAACAAAAGAACUCACAGCAUUUCUCUCAAGCAUAGAAGGAAACUAGCAUAGCAGCUGCAUUGGAUAAAUUAGUCCACUAUCCUUGAAACUCCCCAUUUUUUCAGAUAGGUUGUCCACAUUAUUUUUAAUUUUUAAAGGUGCCCCCAAAAUGUUCCUGAUUUAGGUCUUUUUUUAAAAAAAAAUCAUCUUCAUCUUUUAAAAGGGAUCCUGUUUGUCAGGCCUUCUCAGUAGUGGCACCCACCCUGUGGAACUGCCUCCCGCAGUUUGGUCAAACUCAUGCUGGUAGCUUCGAGAACACUGUCCAACCAUCUCAUCCUCUGUCGUCCCCUUCUCCUUGUGCCCUCAAUCUUUCCCAACAUCAGGGUCUUUUCCAGGGAGUCUUCUCUUCUCAUGAGGUGGCCAGAGUAUUGGAGCCUUAGCUUCAGGAUCUGUCCUUCCAGUGAGCACUCAGGGCUGAUUUCCUUCAGAAUGGAUAGGUUUGAUCUUCUUGCAGUCCAUGGGACUCUCCAGAGUCUCCUCCAGCACCAGAAUUCAAAAGCAUCAAUUCUUCAGCGAUCAGCCUUCUUUAUGGUCCAGCUCUCACUUCCAUACAUCACUACUGGGAAAACCAUAGCUUUAACUAUACGGACCUUUGUUGGCAAGGUGAUGUCUCUUCUUUUUAAGAUGCUGUCUAGGUUUGUCAUUGCUUUUCUCCCAAGAAGCAGGUGUCUUUUAAUUUCGUGACUGCUGUCACCAUCUGCAGUGAUCAUGGAGCCCAAGAAAGGAAAAUCUCACUGCCUCCAUUUCUUCCCCUUCUAUUUGCCAGGAGGUGAUGGGCCAGUCGCCAUGAUCUUCGUUUUUUUGAUGUUGAGCUUCAGACCAUAUUUUGCGCUCUUCUCUUUCACCCUCAUUAAAAGGUUCUUUAAUUCCUCCUCACUUUCUGCCAUCAAGAUUGUGUCAUCUGCAUAUAUGAGGUUGUUGAUAUUUCUUCUAGCAAUCUUGAUUCCGACUUGGGAUUCAUCUAGCCCAGCCUUUCGCAUGAUGAAUUCUGCAUAUAAGUUAAAUAUUUAUUUACUUAUACCCGCCCAUUUGGCUGGGUUUCCCCAGCCACUCUGGGUAGCUCCCAACGAAAUAUUAAAAACACGAUAAAACAUCAAACAUUAAAAACUUCCCUAAAAUGUUUAAUCAUAGAAAUGUUAAUUUAAAGAAGCAACAGAAAAGUACAUAGAUUCGGAUUUGUUUAUAUCUUAUCAUCACAGAAGUUUAACCGUAGUUACAUAAGCUAACAUCCAUAGAAGUUGAGAGCCCUAUUAAACCACAACAUAAACUUAAAAUGCCAAAUUUACAGAAGAGUCAGGGUCGGUCCAAGAUCCACCUGGACACCAGAUGGUUUUUGAUGCCUGCUGAAAAUUUCUCUGUACUUUUGGUACAUUAUGUUAGUAAGUAUCAGUGUUUUGAAAUGUUUCUGGGUUUUAAUCUACACUUUUCUCAUGUGAUUUGUUUUUAAGGGUUGUGUUUAUUGGUGCCUUCAAUCCAUAUUUUGGAUUGCCUACUGCAAACUUUCUUCGAGGUCUUUAGAACUAGUAAGCGAUAUAUACAUUUUGUGAAAUGAAAUGUCCACUAAUAUGGACGUUCCCAUUCAUUUGAGUGAGUCACACAAUUCUCUGUGUAGUCUCUUUCCUCUGGUGAUAAAGUCCGCAGUUUCAAUGCAUACAAUACUAGGAACCACCUCCACUGUUAAUAAAUGAUAGCAGGGCUAGCGGAGGACCUCUGCCAGAUAGGACCCAGGCACCUUGGCUGUCAUUUCCUAGGUACAUAAAUCCUACAUAAAUUGUCUUGACUCUGCAAAGUUAAGCCUACCUGGACCGUCCAGUGAAUUUGCCUAAAUACAAUGUGAGAGAAGACCCAGCUUUGUGUGAAGAGUAAGGCAGAAAUUUGAUUCAGUUCACAUUUAAAGGCAAACUACUAAAUUACACUCUCUGAAAUAAUACACAAACCAAAACACAGCUCUCCUUCAACAUUCGCAGUUCUAUGAAUUUUGCAGUGUUCUUCUCAAGCCAGGUAAUGUGUACAAAAAUUCAUAUGCUAGGGUAAAGUGUAUCUCUAUUAGAAGAGAUAAUAUACCAAAAUGCAUUCUAUUAGAGAAAUUUGCAUUGCAAAAAUAUGUGUAUUGGGAGAAAAUGCAUACAAAGAUGUGUUUGGGAUUUUUUAAAAAAAUAAUUGCAUUAAAAUGCAGGCAAAUUUUCACGAUGAUUUUUAAAAAAAAAUCACAAAUUGCUCCAGAAAUGUGAAAAACUGAUUUUUAAGAUUGGGAAAAAAUGAAGUAACAAAUUGACAGAUCUAUCCAGCCCUAGUAAAGGCCUAUCAUCUUUCCUUUUUAGACAUAAAUGAAUGUGAGACCAGCAACCCAUGUGCACAACUGUGCUACAACACGGUCGGAUCUUUCAUCUGCCAGUGCAAUCAGGGCUUCGAAUUAAGCCGGGACAGAAUGAAUUGUGAUGGUGAGUGACUGUUGGCCACAUUGGUGGUUCUCAAAGGACAUGGUAGGAGGCUUGUAAGUUGACUUUGGGCGGUGCAAGUAAUAUGGGGGUAGAAACAUUAGUGACUCAAGAUUCUCCAUCAUCCUAGUCAGAGGUUUUUAACUGUCCCCAUUUGUUUUAUCAACAGUCUUCUAACAUCACGGUCAUCAGGUACAACCACGGUUAAGCACAUGGAAAUCCCACUGAUUUCAGAGGGCGAGCUAAGCAGUCACUGAAAUCAAUCCUGAUGGGGCUUCACUUUGCACUGAAUUGUGUCCCGACUUCUGCAGAACAUGGGCUUUGCAUGCACUAUGGUCUGGUUUGCAUGUGAAGCACCUGUGGCCCCCCAGUUGUUGUUAAACUACAACUCCCUUCAGCCUCAACUGAUCAACAGGGACAAUGAGAGCUGUAGUCCAGCAACAUCCGGAGGGCCACAGGUUUCCCAGCCCUACUUUAAACCAUAGUUAAACUAUAGUUUAAUGAGAACGUGGUGCAUGCUGCUGAAAUCAUGUGCCGUUGCUCCUCUCCUGCCAUGGUGCUGCAGAACAAACCACACUCUGGUUUACUGUUGCAUCUGAACCCUGUGUUUUGCUUCUUUUAAAACAAAUCGUAAGCAGCAACCAUGGUUUGUUCUUAGCUUACCGCUCAUGGUUUGCUUGAGGAAACAAAGAGCCCUGGUUCAGAUAUGACUCCCAGUACGUUUCCGAGCACGAUUCAAAGUGUUGGUGCUGACCUUUAAAACCCUAAAUGGCCUCGGUCCUGUAUACCUCAAGAAACAUCUCCACCCCCAUCGUUCAGCCCGGACACUGAGAUCCAGCGCCGAGGGCCUUCUGGCGGUUCCCUCACUGCAAGAAGCCAAGUUACAGGGAACCAGGCAGAGGGCCUUCUCGGUAGUGGCGCCCGCCCUGUGGAACGCCCUCCCGUCAGAUGUCAAAGAGAUAAACAACUACCUGACAUUCAGAAGACAUCUGAAGGCAGCCCUGUUCAGGGAAGUUUUUAAUAUUUAAUGCUGUACUGUUUUUAACACUUGACUGGGAGCCGCCCAGAGUGGCUGGGGAAACUCAGCCAGAUGGGCGGGGUAUAAAUAAUAAUUUAUUAUUAUUAUUAUUAUUAUUAUUAUUAUUAUGCCAGGCCAUGGUUUGUUUCCUGGCAGUGCAGCAGCAGGACAGGGCCGAAUGUGAUUUCCACAGCACAGGCACAUUAAACCAUGGCUUAUUUUAACUAUGGUUUGAAGUGAUGUGAAAACAAGGACAACGUCACAAGCUUAUUCCCUGGCAUCUCUGGUUAAAUGUUCCCAAAUACCAGAAAUAAUAUUGAGUCCAUCUCAAAGGCCUGUGCUCGGGUUGCGAAAACGGUGGGGUGGCAGCAUUUUGCCUCUUAAAAAGUGGUGCAUUGUGGGGGAAAGGUUCAAGAGGGCUUAUCUGUGAGUCACCUGGCUUGGGGGUUCCCCCAACCCUCCAGAGCAUAUUUAGGGGAUGCAGAGGGGCAGAGAAGGGGGGCAAUCCUGUUGCACAAGCAGACCUCCUUCUGUGCAGUCAACAACUUAGUUGAAUCCCGCUCUGUGAGAUAUAACGGAACAGGAAGAGCUUUUUGUCCUAACCCUAUAACUCUUAUAGGGUUGUAUCCAGCAGAGUCGUUGCAUGAAUGAAGUGACUUCUACACAUGCAGGAGAGCUUUCUGUCCCUCUCCUCACCUCACACACAAACACUCUAAAUCCACUUCAUGGUUUCCUUGAACCCUUCAGAAUAGAUGUUGUGGGUCAGGAUAUAGAUGAAAGGGGGGAGAGGAAGUUCUGUUGUCUAAGCAGAAGCUCUUCCCCUCAUGCAGUGACUUAACCGGAUUCAACCCACAGUUAAAACUGAGCAAAACAUUUACUAGCAAUUUCCCCCCACUUCAAGUGGCAGGUGCUUUUCUGGGGUCAAAGGCCCUGGUCCCUUUCCCCUUUUCUUUUCCCCCUUUUUGAUGCCUGCACAUGUCUCAGAUGGUGAAGACCCUGCUACUGGGUGUGGUUUUUUAAAAAAAGAAAUUAAACACAAGAUGCCAGAAUAAGAGGCAGAAGCGUUGCCUUCACUCUGAUUGGACUUCAGACCCCAGAUUUCAUUGGCCAGUGCUCCCUGCCCUCAAUCUGUUGCUUUGUAUUUUUAUCUUAUGAACCGCCCUGGCAUCUUAUGAUGAAGUCGUAUAGAUAUAGAAGUCAAAUAAAUUAAUUGCAAGUUUUUUAUUAAAAAACAAACAAACCGGAGGAAAAUAUGGCGUCUAGCAGAUGUCUCUGUUUUACAGAUGUCAACGAAUGCGGAACUUCGAACUACAUUUGCAUGUAUCAAUGUGUCAAUGAACCAGGGAGGUAUUCUUGCCUGUGUCCAGAUGGCUACCAGUUAAUCAGAGGCAGAAACUGUCAAGGUAAGCAUAUUUCUCUUGUGGCACUCCUGCCGCCUUGAUUCUAACAUAUAAACCAAUAUUGAUCUGUGGGGUAGGAAGAACCACACCUUCUAUAUACUGCAUAGUAUCCCUUUACCGACUUUGUUAAGACAAUCGUCCAUGGUUUUCAUCCUCCAUCAACUCAUAGAACCUUAUGGAGAGACACACUCAUUUGAUUGCCUUUCUUGGAACGUCUAAAACCAUCACCCACUACUUUUCUUUCUUUUCUGUGCAACCACUAAGCUCUGUUUUCCUUGUAUGGGCAUUUUUGUUACUUGAAAUUAAAAACCAAUAAUAAUAAUAACAACCAUUUUUAAAGAGUCUUUCAUUGUCUCAGGAUUCUUCCUGUAAAUCUCUUCAACAUGGGCAGUGCAAAAUGUCCCCUGUGCAACUUGCCACCAGCACAGCAAAGCAGGGGGCAGAUGAAACUUCUUCACUCCCUGUAGGGAACUGCAAAGAUCCAGGAAGAGGUGGAGGAGAUAUUAAGCAUCUUACAGACCACAGUACAUGAUUGGUGGGCUCUGUGUAGGCCUGGUUUAAGAUGAAUGGAAAUCCUGCAUGCAUGAGGCUGGCAGCUAUACGUGACAGGCGGGCAGGUUCCAGACUUUGGGGUCUACUUUAUUUUUUCACUAGAACCCCAAGAUUUGCUAACAGAAGCCAGGUGACUUGGUGGGCAACUGGAUCUGACUCAUGGGCUAGAACCUUCCCUUGUCCACACUUCCACUUGUCCCACUGAUUUACUGCUGAAUCAGAACAAAUGGCAAUCGGCUAUUCUGUGGAUUAGCGUUUGUUCUGAUUCAGCAGUAAAGAGCGGGUUUUUCUGGGGAAAGUGGUGGGACAAAUGAACAACCACUCAUACCCAAGCCUGGAAAGCACGGAGCAAGCAGAAGUGUGGACAAGACCUUUGACAGGGGGAGCCACCACCCACCUUACGUCGUUAUGACAUCCAGUGAUAUCAGGUUAGUUUUGCCCCAGCCUGGUGAUCAUCGGCUUGUGGUAACACACAGGCAAGCUUUCUCAGCGCCGUCAUCAGGGUUGUGGAAUGCACGUCCUUCUAAAAUAAGAGAAGUCAUCAGUAUUGGCAUGCCACUGGCUCCUGUUUAGGCAAGCAUUCCCCUGGAUCUGAACUUAUGAUGACAUUGUUUUAACAGGGGGUUUUUAACUGUUUUGUUGCAUUUUUAAACUGUUCCGUUUAAUUAAAGAUGUUUUAAUGUCAUUUCAUAUUUUAAUUAUGGAUUGAUUAAAGUAAACAUAAAGGGACCCCUGACCAUUAGGUCCAGUCAUGACCGACUCUGGGGUUGCGGUGCUCAUCUCACUUUAUUGGCCAAGGAAGCCGGUGUUCAGCUUCCGGGUCAUGUGGCCAGCAUGACUAAGCCACUUCUGGCCAACCAGAACAGCGCACGGAAACGCCGUUUAACUUCCCAUUGGAGCAGGACCUAUUUAUCUACUUGCACUUUGAUGUGCUUUCGAACUGCUAGGUUGGCAGGAGCAGGGAUUAGAUAGUUUUAAAUCACCUGCGCUCAAAAAAUUUGCACUGAACUGCGAAUCUGCUACAGGGGGCAUGUUCAAGGUGUUACUAUUGGCAUAUCAAGCCCUUUACAACUUGGGACCGGUUUACAUACGAGAUCACCUUACCCUCGACCGCUUCGAUCGGCAGAAUUGGGACUACUACAAGUGCCACCUAAAACCUAUUCCACAUUUGUAAGAACCAAGUCGUUUAGUGCAUCCUUUUCAGCACCUGCUGAAGACAUUUAUACUUAGACGAGCCUACCCAAACACUUACAAAGUUUGUACAAGUUUUGAUUUUAUUUAUUUUUUUUGGCCUAUUCUAUUGCAGUUUUAACUUUUCGUCUGUUUUAAAUUGCGGCUGUAAAAUUUGUAGUGAUAAUUAUAUCUUGCGGGGCGGAUAAACUGCUUUUAUGUUUUAUUUACAGUCAUGCAGUAUAUCAAUUUUAUGAAUAAAUAAAUAAUCAGGCCACAGGGCUGGAAGUUUUCUACUGCCGGCUUAGUAGAGGCAGCUGUCUGCUGCAGAUUCAAGUACAGUUGAUGCUUGGGUUGCAAACGUGAUCCAUGCGGGAGGCACGUUUGCAACCUGCAGCGUUCACAACUUGCCACCCGCGCAUACGCGGGUCGUGAUUUGGCACUUCUGCACAUGCGCAAAACGCGAUUUAGCACUUUGACGCAUGCACAAGCUCCAAAACCUGGAAGUAACCCGAUCCGGUACUUCCGGGUUUGGUGCAGUGCGCAACUGGAAGUUGCACAACCCGAAGCAUCAGUAACCCGAGGUAUGACUGUACAAAGACCUAUCUAAAUUACAAUAGUUCAGGGGUUCUGUCAGCAAAGCUCUAAAGGUUCACUUCUUUCGCAUUCCUCUCUUAGAUAUCAAUGAAUGUGAAGUGGGCCAUGAAUGCCGGGAGGACGAAAUGUGCUGGAACUAUCACGGUGGAUACCGCUGUUACCCGAGGAACCCUUGCCAAGAGCCCUACGUGCUGUCGUCUGAAAAGUAAGGGGAACCGCUAAGAGAUCUUUUAGCAAAGCCUCAUUUGCAACGUUCAGAGCUGCAAAGCCCGCAGGUGCGAGGAGUUUGUUUUUCAGUCGUUGUGGUUUGUCUUACAGUCGCUGCGUUUGCCCGGUGUCCAACCCCCUUUGCCGAGACCUUCCAUACUCCAUUGUGCACAAAUACAUGAGCAUCCGCUCAGAAAGAACGACUCCAUCCGAUAUCUUCCAAAUUCAGGCGACCACCAUUUACCCCAAUACCAUUAACACAUUCCGGAUCAAAUCUGGAAAUGAGAACGGAGACUUCGUCCUGAGAGUGAGUAUUUCGCCAAGUUCCGCUAACAAAAUUUGACUCGGCUCGCCUGGGUUUCCAUAAAGCUCCCAUAAGGGCAGCAGCAUAGUGCGGUUUGCUGGCUCCUGGGCCGGCACAUGAAUGAAGCCCGCUGUGCCAGCCCAGCCCUCGCUGCCAACACUGCCAGAGCACCACCCCCACCAGAGACAAGAAGGGCCACGCUGCCCCACCUGUCCCCCCACAGGUGAGAGCCCAGCUGCCUGAUGCAACCCUUGGCAGGCGAAUCUCACCUGCACCCUGACGCCCAUGGGUGGGAUGAGGAGGACGCAACAGUCAUGCGCCCUUCGAUCCCAGCCUCGCAAAGCGAGUUGGAGGUUAGGCUUGAAGGCACAUGGCUGUUGCAUCCUUCUCACACCGCCCUGCCAGCCCGGAGCAGCUUUAGGGAUACAGUGGUACCUCGCAAGACGAAUGCCUCGCAAGACGAAAAACUCGCUAGACGAAAGGGUUUUUCGUUUUUUGAGCUGCUUCGCAAGACGGUUUUCCCUAUGGGCUUGCUUCGCAAGACGGAAACGUCUUGCAAGUUUGUUUCCUUUUUCUUAACACCGUUAAUACAGUUACGACUUGACUUCGAGGAGCAACUCAUAGAACGCGGUGUGGUAGCCUUUUUUGAGGUUUUUAAAGACUUUGGUGAUUUUUGAAGCUUUUCCAAAACUUUCCCGACACCGUGCUUCGCAAGACGAAAAAAAUCGCAAGACGACAAAACUCGCGGAACGAAUUAAUUUCGUCUUGCGAGGCACCACUGUAUUUGAAAAAAAUAAAAUGAAUUCAGCUCUGCAGCUGGGAGGGUAAGAAGGUAUUGAUUUUCAUUCCAACAUGUGUUCUUCAUAAUAAUAAUAAUAAUAAUAAUAAUAAUAAUAAAUAAUUUAUAAUUUAUACCCCGCCCAUCUGGCCGGGUUUCCCCAGCCACUCUGGGCUGCUUCCAACACAAUAUUAAAAUACUAUAUUGCCUCAAACAUUAAAAGCUUCCCUAAACAGUGCUGCCUUCAGAUGUUGUCUAAAAGUCUGGUAGUUGUUGUUCUCUUUGACAUCUGGUGGGAGGGUGUUCCACAGGGCGGGUGCCACUACCAAGAAGGCCCUCUGCCUGGUUAAUAAUAAUAAUAAUAAUAAUAAUAAAUUUUAUUUAUAUCCCGCUCUCCCCAGCCGAAGCUGGGCUCAGGGCGGCUAACAACAAUUAAAAUAAUCCAACAUUCUAAAAACAUUCAUUAUAAAAUUAAUUAAAAUCAAAUUAAAAUCAAAUUGAUGGCAACCAUUAAGCAAAAUUCUGUGCAGAUUGCCAGAGGAGGGGGUCAGGCUGCGCCCUGACCAAAGGCCUGGUGGAACAGCUCUGUCUUGCAGGCCCUGUGGAAAGAUGUCAGGUCCCGCAGGGCCCUAGUCUCUUGUGACAGAGCGUUCCACCAGAUUGGAGCCGCAGCCGAGAAAGCCCUGGCUCUAGUUGAGGCCAGCCUAACCUCUCUGUGGCCUGGGAUCUUCAGGAUGUUUUUAUUUGCAGACCGUAAAUUUCUCUGUGGGACAUACCAGGAGAGGCGGUCCCGUAGGUACGAGGGUCCUAGGCCGUAUAGGGCUUUAAAGGUUAAAACCAGCACCUUAAACCUGAUCCUGUACUCCACCGGGAGCCAGUGCAGCUGGUAUAGUACCGGAUGAAUGUGAUCUCGCAGCGAAGACCCCAUAAGGAGUCUCGCUGCAGCAUUCUGCACCCGCUGGAGUUUCUGGGUCAGUCUCAAGGGCAGCCCCACGUAGAGCGAGUUACAAUAAUCCAGUCUGGAGGUGACCGUCGCGUGGAUCACAAUGGCUAGGUCAGGGCGAGAGAGGUAAGGAGCCAACUGCUUAGCUUGGCUCCCCGUAAUUUGUCUUCUCACAGCGAGGGAACCGCCAGAAGGCCCUCGGCGCUGGACCUCAGUGUCCAGGUAGAAUGAUGGGGGUGGAGAUGCUCCUUCAGGUAUACUGGACCGAGGCCGUUUGUCGCAUGCAGCCUUGGGGCUUUUCUGCUGCAGUUCAGCUUCCGUCAAAGACGACAUUAUUUGUCUCACUCUCUGCUGCGGGAGAAUUUUACAUAAUUAUCAUUACAUUAUCCUGCACCAUUUCAGUGCAAAGGAAGUGCGAUGCUUAGGGAGGGGAAAGUAAUCUAUUACCUAUUGUUUGCAGACAUCAGCAGCAAGAGUACCGAUUAUUUUGCUGGACAAAUGUUCAUUCCAGACACGGGGCAAAUAAGUGAACAUUGGCAAUUUCCACUCUCUAACAUCCCUAUCCAUAAGUCAGUGAAAACACUGCUCUUUGAAACUUACUUCCAGGUGGGUGGGGUGGAGCCAGACAUUUCCAGGUGAUAACUUCCAAUUCCUUAUUUUCUUUCAGCAAACAAGCUCUGUGAGCGCAAUGCUUGUGUUGGUGAAACCGUUAACGGGACCUCGAGAACAUAUCAUUGACCUGGAGUUGCUGACCGUCAACAGUAUGAACUAUCGGUCGAGUUCCGUGCUGAGAUUAACGCUAAUUGUAGGGCCAUAUCCCUUUUAG